GCCCGCGGCCAGCUAAUACGCCCCGCGGCCGGGCGAGGCAGGAACUUCGCCGGCGCUGCGCUCAGUCCAGGAACAACGAUGCCCUCGCCCGCAUCAUGAGCCGCUGGUCUGCUUCCCAGGGGGUGGUGCUCACAGCCUAUCACCCCAGCAGCGCCGAUGCCGAGGCGCCGGGAAGCAGCGCCAAGGAGGCGGCGGGCGCGUCCCCCGUAAGGUAAGGAAGGGGCGCCCGCGGCAACUGCGCGGGUGGUUCUCGUGGAGGAGGACAAGGGAGGGCUGCCUGCCUGCCUGCUUACCUGUUGACGUAGGCAGGGUGGCUGGAGCCAGGUACAAAAGGCUGCCUCUCUCGAAGGGCUGCGUCAGGCCAUGUGACCAAAGUUUAAAGGACGGUCAGGAGGAAUGCCAGCAGCUCCACCACCCUGGGGCGCGGCUGCCGAGCGUGCAACAGGUGGAAAGCGAAGGCUAAUGCUGGCUGGGGUUUGUAAACCGCUUGGAGCGCUUGUUUUGCUUUGUUCUGUACGAGCAAGCGGCGUAUAAAUUUUGUGUGGGGGGGAGAGGAGGAAUAAGAUAGUGUACUAAAUACUGGAGGGUAGCGCACCCAAAGCAAAAGUCCUGAAGUUCAGCCAGCGGCACCUGCAUGUUCGAUUUCUGGAGGAGAAAUAACAUCGUCUGGCCCUUACACUCCGAUCCUAAGCAUGUUUUCCUCUAAAUGUGUCAUGCCGAUUUUGAGUUUAUUUCGAUGUAGGCAUUAUUUAUUUCUUAUUUAGCAUGAUUAGUAUGCUACUUGACGAAACAUUAACUAUCUAAGAGGUUUACCUAGAAUUAGUCUUCUUUCAAUUUCUCUUAUAAAUGUAGUUAUAAAAAAUUAUGUGUGAAAAGGGAUUUUCCUUCCAAGUAACUACAAGGAUCCAGCAAUGAAUGGAAGGUGUUGGUGGGGGGAAAGCUGAGCUACCUUAUGGCAGAGGGAGGCACUAGCUUUCUGUUCAUUCUCUUCUGGGACUGCCUAUGGAAAAAAGAAACAGCAUUUUGUAUUGUUAAAAGGAAGAACACACACAUUUAAACCGCUUUCAAUAAUUAUUUCUAAGAAUAGCAAGAGUAAAUUAUUAGGCUAUUUUACAAGUACAAAUAUCCCCUUUCCCAUUGCUUGUCGUGGUGCAAACAGUAUUUCCUGCAAUGUGCGCUUUGGUUCCCCCUCCCCAUCGUUUCCCCCCAAUGAGCUCAAUACAUUUUUAUUACUCUGAGGUGUGUGUCAAAAUACUGACUGCAUAAACUAGAGGCAGACAGGAAAGCUUGCUUGAAAAUAGAAUGAAUACUCUUGGAGUGGAGUCUUUUGCUCCUGAAGGCACCUAUGUGGGGUUUGGGAGGAAAGACAAGUGUGAAGUAGAACAGUUUCAACAGGAUUGGGGCAUAUUCAACCUCUGUUCACUGUGUCCUGAUAUAGGUGUGUGUUUCAAGGAAAGCGGGUUUUCUUACAAUAGCAGGUUUUAGUUUGUAAUGAUGAUUCUUAUUCCAGGGUGGGGGACCUCAAUACUUAAGAGGGCCUAUUUGUCUGACCCUCAGGACUCUUCCUGGGCCAUGACCUGCCUCAGGCUAGAUUCCUCACUGGUACUCCUCUGCACUCUACUCAGUUCCUUCUGCCUCCCUAGAAUGUGUCUUCAAACUGAUCUAAUACCUCUUCCUAGAUGGAGAGUCAGUCUCUCUCUCUCUCUCUCUCUCUCUCUCUCUGUGUGUGUGUGUGUGUGUGUGUGUAGAGAAAUGCCUGGUUUUUGUGUGGCUGGAAUGGCAAUAGUAUUAAUACAAAUAAAUGGUGUGACUGUACUUGGAAUCCUGUGUACAUGUCUGGUCACCUCACCUCAAAAAGGAUAUUAGAGCUGGAAAAGGUGUGUAAAAGAACAACCAAAAUGAUUAUCGGAUUGGAAGAAUUGCCCUAUGAGGAAAAGUUACUACUUUUUAGUUUAGAGAAAAGGCAAGUAGGGGGAGGGGUUAUGAUAGAGCGAUACAGAAUUAUACAUGGUGUGGAUAAAGUGUACAGAGAAAUGUUUUUCUCCCACCCUCUCAAUACUAGAACCUGGGGCAGUGCAAAGAAGCUGAAUGUUGGAAGUUGCAUGACAGACACAAGGAAGUACUUUUUCACGUGGCUUAAAUGGCUUUACAAGAGAAUUAGACAAAUUCAUGGCGAAUAAGGCUCUCAGCGGCUGCUAACCACAAUGGCUAUGUUCUGCUUCCACGGUUGGAGCCAGUAUGCGUCUGAAUACUAGGUGCCGGGAAUCACAGGUGGGAAGAGUGUUUUGCUCAGAGCCUGCUUUGGGUCUUCCCAUAGGCAUCUCAUUGGCCACUGUGAGAACAGAGUGCUGGACCAGACAGUCCUUUGGCCUGAUCCAGCAGGCUCCAUUCACUUUUGCCUGUACUCCUUGCAUGUUGUUGGCCUAUAAAUAAAUAAACUCAGAUUUAUUAAGGCAAGAACCUUUAUUACACGAACCAAAAAGUCACAAAGCAGUGUGCCAGCUUUUGAAUCCCCCUUGAUCAGGACACAGGGUGCGCUGUGGGUUAAACCACAGAGCCUUGGGCUUGCCAAUCAGAAGGUCGGUGGUUCGAAUCCCUGUGAUGGGGUGAGCUCCCGUUGUUCGGUCCCUGCUCCUGCCAACCUAGCAGUUCGAAAGUACGUCAAAGUGCAAGUAGAUAAAUAGGUAAACCGUGUUUCCGUGCGCUGCUCUAGUUCGCCAGAAGCAGCUUAGGCAUGCUGGCCACAUGAGCUGUAUGCCGGCGCCCUCGGCCUAUAGAGUGAGAUGAAUGCACAACCCCAGAGUCAUCCGCGACUGGACCUAAUGGUCAUGGGUAUCUUUACCUUUACCUCUACCUAAUCAGGCUAGUUGUUAAGAAACAACAACACCGGGGGACGGGGGAGACCAGCCUGCUGGUGGUAAUCAAGCCACCUACACCUGCAACCUGUGAGUUCUAAGAUGGAUCACGGCAGGAUCUGGUGGACAUUCAAAUGAGGCCCCUUCAGGUGCUUUUGGGUUUCAUGUUGCAUCCCUCUUGAGAAGAAACUUAUAGUGGUGGAGUCCCUGUCUCUGCAGAUAUAGUGACCAGCUAUUGCUACAGCUGUUGCCGCAAAUAAUCUUGAUGAGAUCAGCGCCUGUGUUGCUAAAUUGAAAUUUCGAGUUGAGCAUCUGAAUCCCAUGAGCCUGCCAGCAUUGUUACAGUGUCACUAAGCACUCCUUCUCUGGGAUGGGAAGGAAGUCACUUCCUCUUGAGCGGCUGCUUUUUCUAAUCCUCCCCCACACCAGAUGUGCUUAAUAAGGCUUCAUUCCAAGGAAGCAUUUGAGCGCUUAGUUUUACACCGCUUUCCUCACAAGCCCAAAGUUAUGUCCAGAUGCAAUAUGAGGUUAUUUUGAAUUGACAUGAAGAAAUGUUGUUAGGCUGUUUGAAUGCUUAGCAUACACUUUUUAUGAUAAUCUGCAUGGGAUUUAUUGUGCGAAGCAAGAUGCAAGGGUUUCAUGGUUGUCCCCCCUCCCGAAGCCCAGCUGGGUUUUCUGUUGCUUUAACAUGGUUAAUCAGGUUCUAAUCCAAUUCAUAAAACUUGAGCAAUGGAAAAUGAAAAUGGGGCUUGUGUGUAUGGAAUCCGUUACGCUAGCAACUGUAAACUUAAGUGUCGUCAAAUUAGAAUUCCAAUAUAGGAAAAACAGCUGUGUACUGCAGUGUAGUAGAGUUCUGCAGAUACUCUGGAAAAGUGCAAUCUGAGAUCAGAGUUGUAUGUUUUUCCCUAUUUGGGAAUGGCACCUCCAGGAAGUGAUUUGGAGUGGGAAAACGACACAGGGUUAUCCCUUUUCAUCUGGCACCCCCCUCUACCCUUGUAUUUGCCCUAAUUUUUUUUAAAAAAACCCAUUGGGAGUUCCAGUCAUAGAUCUCUUGCUGCCACGUUUCGUUUGGUAUGGCUGUUUCACAUUGCCAUGUGGGAUAGUGCCAGCUACUUGGUCUCCAGGAGAACAAGUGAAACAGAUUUGGUGAGAAUGAAUCAUGUGUCUUAUCUGAUAUGUCAGAGGUUACAGUGAUACUUAGACCUGCAGUAAAGUGAUGAGAUUAAAAAUGUGCCAACAAGUGUUGCUCGUUGAUAAGGUAGCAAUGUGAUAUGUAUAGAAUCACAUCUUCACUUGUAAAGAAUUUUUUUUUUGCUGCUAUACUGUUAUAUAUGUCCUUUUAGGAUAAAAAGAAUGAUAUCUGAUGGUUCUGAAAUGCUUUUGAAUUCCAUGUGAUUAUUCUGAAGUAAAUGGUUAUAUUGGUACAUCUUGAUACGAACUGCCCUUUUGCUGUGCAGCUGGAUUUGUAAGAGCCAUGUGUGCUCUGACAAAUGAUGGUUUGUCAUGGUUUUAUUCCCAGGACAAAAGUACAUGUGAUGCAUGUGAUCAUCUGUAGUCAGGGGACUUAUUUCUGACUAAACAUGUCUCUUGCAUAGAGGAGGCAAAAGUUUGUGGAGCACAACUAGGCAGAGGAUUAUCGUGGUGGGCCAGGAGAAGCAUUUUUUCCCUACCUAUUCAUAUAUGAAAAUGCUGCAUUGGCUUUUCCAGUCUCUGUUGGGGUCCUAAAAGGAUCUGUUGUUGGUUCUAUGCUCUUUCCAUGUUGUCCAUGGGUGACCUCAUCAAAUCCCAGGCCUUACAGUGUCACCUAAAUGCAGAUAAUGUCCAGCUUCCUCUACCCCAGAACUGCUUCUCCAGAACUCGGGUCUCACAUCUCCAACUGUCUCUGUUUGGAUGCUCUCUCUUUUGUGUCCAAGACUAGACUUCUUGUCAACCUUCGUGUGCUGUCUGGCCCCCACCACUGGCAUUCCUAUGAAGGAACGUGGCCUUGGGCUGAAAAAGGUUCACCAUCCCUUUUUUACCUGCAAGGAAAAUUCAGGCAGAAUAAACAGAAAGAACUAGAGGAUAUGAUAGAUAAUAGACCUCGUUUGAUCUUAGAUAACAGACCUCUUAGGAUCUGUUCUGAGGGGAAACGUUUUAAUAGUAUUUUUGAGAUGAAUAGAUUUCGUAUGAAAGAUUUUAUGGUAGCCUUUUCUAAUAGAAAUUUUAUGUAGAAAGUUUGUCUCAAUAAUGUCAAGGCCAAUGGCUAGUGCAAUAUUUAAUGAUGCUAAGAAACUAUUAUGCUGCAAGCCUGUUCCCAUUUAUUUAUAAAAUAUUUCUUAUCCACUUUUCAGCAUAAGGUCUCAGAGUGCAUUACAACCAUAUAAUCACAUAACAUUAAAAUCCAAUAAAGCAAAUGAAAACAAACCAAAGAAUGUGCAUCAAACAAUAGAGGUGGGUCACAAAAAAACAAAAUACCUUAACUGUCAAAGGCCUAGGGUAAAGAGUUGUGACUUCAGCAAAUGACAGAAACUAUGAAGAUUAAUAUUGAUUCACCUCCAUUGGAAUGGAUUUCUGCAUUUUGGAAGCUGCCCCAAAGAAUGCAGUGCUCUGUGCUUCCAGGGGUGGUUAAACUGCCACCUUAACACCUCGGAGAGUCUAUAGGGUAGGAGGCAGUCCUUCAGAUAUUUGGGACCUAAAUCGUUUAGGGGUUAAACACCAAUGUGAGCACGUUUAGUUGGGCCUGGAAACUUAUUUAAGAGUAAGCCCCCUUGAUCUCUGCAGGACUUGUAUCUGAGAUGUGCAUAGUAUUGCACUCUUGUAAUGCUGCGUGAGAAGGGACAGUGUUUGUGAAGACACAAUGAGUAACCUGUUGGCCUUGCGUGCUUGAACUCUGUUCAUUUGAUAGCCAAAUUCUGCUAAGCAACCUUUUAACAAUAGAAGCUGGAGCCAAUAGGAUAAUGGCAUGGACAAAAACUGCUGUCUAGGCUGUCUUAACACAGAGACAGAUGCUAUGAAAAUGAAGGGCUGAAUUUCUGAACUGCUGACAUUUGAAUGAUCACCAAGCUACUGAAUCCUUGAUGAAACAUCAUCUUGUGCCUGUUCAAACUUCUGGACAGUCUUCUCUCAUUGACAAUUUGUAAAUUUUCCCUCAGGUUGUUGGUGUAUUUUUAACUUGUGCACUAUGUUUUUCACUCACUCACCAACUAAUCAGCUAAUGCUUUCUCCACCUAGAUUUGCCAACAGUUUGCAGCCUUCUAUAAUCAGUUGUAGAUACCAAAAUUUAUUAUCGUAUACCUGUCUGUGCUUUUGAACAUGAGUGUAUUGUAAGAUGGAGCCUGGUGUCAGAGGGCACAGGUGUACAUUUCCAGUGUAGCCUGAUGUUCAGCUCUGAAUUGCCAGUGUUCUCUAAACCUGUUGGUUUUACGCCACUCCUGCCCUCCAAUUUUUUAGCAGAAAAAUAAUGCCAGAUAGAUAAGUCUUUUACUUCCACUUUAUCCAGAAUUGUUUCUGCCCAGUUGUUGAUGCAUCAUCUUAAAAUACUUUGUUCCCAACUACUGAAAAAAAACACAAUUGUUUGGUGUAAUAAAUCUGUUGUGUAAUGGCACACAACUGGUUUUAUCAUUAACAUACCUUGGCAUUGUUACUCAAAAAUAAAUGUAUUUGAUUUUUUUCCUUUUAAGGCAUUGUUCAGAUCAAGUUUUCCUGUUUCCUUUUAAAUUAACAAUGGCUUCUUCAUCUACAGGAAAUAAGGUGGAUUUUGUUACAAGCAUCUGUCCCACAGAUCCCACAGAUAAAUAAACACAUGUUCAUAAAAUAUGAAGUGGAGGAAGAGGCUAUAAAUUAUAGCCUCUUCCUUCACUUCAAAUUUUAAUGAUUUAAGCAAAAUGCAUUAGGUGAGGUUGAUUUACACCACAGGAGAAAGAUUGUAUGGAACUUGAUAUAAGCCCUGUGCUCCAUGUUCUUAAAAGUGUGUAUGCUGAACUUGUGUAAGAGCAAAGGUGGUUUUAGGGUAGUGUGACUGGUUUGGCAGGACUGGGUACCAGUGCCAUUGGGACCCACAACAGUGAUGUAGAAAGGAGCUUGAUAGGUAAGGGAGCGCUGAAUUUUAGCAUAACACAGGGCACUGCUGAAAUUUGAGAGCUGCUGGUAAGAGCAAGAUCCUGUCUUGAUCAGUGCACUCUCCAAUAUAAGUGACUUCAAAAUGCAUUUUGUGUAAAGGUUUCUGCCCCUGUUGGCCUAAAAUAAAGAUUCCACCUUCAAAAGCCAAUAGUAAAUAUGUGUAAAAUUCUGGUUACCUCAUCUGGUUUCCUGCUUGGCAGGGGGUUGGACUCGAUGGCCCUUGUGGUCUCUUCCAACUCUAUGAUUCUAUGAUUCUCCCAAAAGGAUAUUGUAGAGUUGGAAAAGGUUCUGAAAAGAGGAACCAAAAUGAUCAAGGGGCUGGAGCAACUCCACCAUGACAAAAGGUUGCAACUUUUCAGCCUUUUUAGUUUAGAAAAUUGUAUGUGGUGUGCAGCAAGUGGAUAGAGAAAAGAUUUUCUUGCUCAUAAUUCUAGAAACGAGACAUUCUGUUGAAGCUGAAUAUUGGAAGUUUCAGGAUGGAGAAAAGGGAGUGGUACACAGCACAUAAUUAAAGUUUUGGAAUUUGCUACCAAAAAAUAUAGUGAUGGCUGCUAAUGUGGAUGGCAUUAAAAGGGGAUUAGGCAAAUUAAUUGACAAUAAGGCUAUUGGCCAUUAUGGCUGUGUACUGCCUCCAGUUGAGGCAGCAUGUGUUGGACUAUCAGUUUAUGGAAAUCACAAGGGAGGAGAAUGCUGUUGCAGUCGGGUUCCCCAGAAGAGUCUGGUUGACCAGUGAGAGUACAGGAUGCUGGAUUAGAUAGGACUUUAGUCUGAUCCAGCAAAGUCUUCUCUUAGGUUUACAAGAAGAGGGUAAAGAUUGCAUGCUUGAUGCGUCAUAACCAAUUAGUGUAGGAAUCCACACAUCAUUGCAAUUCGAUAUUGGAGCAUGUGUCCUGUGGCAGAUGGGUUCCUCCACAUACCCUUUUGUGAAUGCAUUGGUAGAUCUUCAGUGGAAAAGUGCAGCGGAAAUGAGAAUUUUCAGACAGAUUUGGAAAUAGGUGAUGGCUUUGUCCAGCUAUUGACACCUUUGACAUCUUGGGAUGCUUCAGUUCUUAAACCCUGAGCAUUGUAAGCUCAAUAAUAGGUGGUCAGACUUUUUGUUGGGCUUGUAUUUAUUUGGAAGAGAACCAAAAUGUUUAAAUAUAUUCACCGUGUUUGUUUAUUUUAGUGCAGAAUGGAACAUUUGCUUUAGUUUUGAGUGACACUCAGGAUCUUUAAUGCCUUUCUGAUACCUGAAAUCUUCAUUGUAAAAACAACUUUUUCUGUCAAAAAGCAAAUAUUUGAACAAUUACCAUUAUUUACAAGAGUCAAUGAGUAGAGGCAAAAUUGUUUUCACUUGUUUGCAUUGGCACUUGCCAUAAAUACUGUAUUGGAGUUAUAAAUUCUUUAGCUACUGAAGGAAUACCUGUUAGCAAGGCAAAUAAUAAAUCUGGCCUCUAUGUGCAGGGGAGGAGUUUGAGUUUUGCGCUUAUUUAACCUUUGAUACAUGACCCUGCAGUAAAAGUAUUUGAAGAAGCAAUGUUGAAAGAGGUGUGAUUAAUAAGAUUUGGUUUCCUAUACAACACUUUGUGGGACUGACAGGGAUUGCUGCUUUUAAUGAAGUGAUUUCUGGCAGACUACGGAGAUCUCCUGAUAGAUUAUUUCUUGCAUUUCUGUCCUCAUCAUCAAAUGGCAUGAGAUAUGAAUAUGGACUUCAAACCUGAGUAAGCAUUGAUAUGCAAAUGGAAAGCUAUUGAGAAUUUUUGUGUGUGAGGGGGGGGGGAGGAGGAGAAGUGAAAAGAAAGAUUUAUGUUCUUGUGCUACAUGCCUUGUCAUUCUAUAUAUGUACUUAAAAAAAUGCCUGUUGAUAGCGCCAAAGCAUUCAGCUAAUCCGCAGAGGUUACUGAUUUGAAGUGAUAGCAUCUUUCAGUGUAUCUGAUUGUACAGUGGUUCCUCGGGUUAAGUACUUAAUUCGUUCCGGAGGUUCGUUCUUAACCUGAAACUGUUCUUAACCUGAAGCACCACUUUAGCUAAUGGGGCCUCCUGCUGCUGCUGUGCCGCCGGAGCACGAUUUCUGUUCUCAUCCUGAAGCAAAGUUCUUAACCCGAGGUACUAUUUCUAGGUUAGCGGACUCUGUAACCUGAAGCGUAUGUAACCUGAAAUGUAUGUAACCCGAGGUAUCACUGUAUAUGCAUACAUGAGGCAUUGACACCAAUCUAUGCCUAUGUGAUUCCUUUGCAAGUGAAUGUAUUUCGCCUUCAAACCCCCUUCCUGUGCUUUGGUUCUGCAUGAUCCAUUCCCUUUCUUAGGUUUUCAAAUACUAUGGAAGAUGUUGGUGAACUAGUAAGGGCUAGUGUAGUUGUUAGAAUGUCAGACGAGUCCUUGGGAGACUCGAGUUCAAAUUCCCACUCAGCUAUGAAGCCUAUUGGGUGAGUCAUUUCCUUUCAGCCAAGCUACCUUGCAGUCUUCUUGUGAGGAUAAAAUGGGGUUGGGGAAAGAAAUUUUACUCCUUAUCACAAUAUGCAAGUUGAAGGACAUUGUGUGUGGAAGACUGGGAACAAGAGAAGUAGCAAAAAACUGUGGCAGGCACUGUACUCCUUUAUUUAACUCUGCUUGGAUUUUGUUCAGUUUCACAAGCCACUGCCUUCACUGUUUUUAACCAACUACAAAUGUUUUGUUGUUGUUGUUGUUAUUGUUAUUAUUGUAAAUUAAAAUUUACAUCAGGUUUUCCGCAUAAGGUUCUGCAGAAUUUUAGAAGGAUAGGUGCAGGGAUUAGGGAAGUAUGAUAAGUGAUAAACUAUCUGAGGCUUUGUUUUUUUCUGUUCAGUUGAUACCAGUUCCUUCCCUCUGAAAAAGCACUGUGAAUGAAAGUGCAAAGGAAGUCUCUGGUAAGUUAUUUUUCUGGCUGGAGACUGAAAUGGUCAGUCACAAAUCUGUAUGUACUCUUUCCUCCUGCCCAGUGUUUUCCUUUAGUGGAGACAAGUGAGGUGGGAGAAUUUAACCAUUUUCAACUGAUGAUUUGGGAGGAUGCAGGCAAAAUAGCAUCCAUCUCCUAGGAGGACCCGAAGCUUUGGAAUCAGUUUUUUCAUUCAGGAAAUAAAAUAUAGUGGUAUCUUGGUUCUCAAACGCCUUGCUUCUGAAACAACUUGAAACCCAAACACAGCAAACCCAGAAGUAAGUGUUCCGGUUUGCAAACUUUUUUUGGAAGUUGAACGUGCUCUGCUUUGAGUGUUACGCUUCCAAUUUGAGUGCCACCCUUCCGUUUGGAGUGCCACGUUUCCAUUUCUGUUUGGAGUGUUACGCUGACAAUUUGAGGGUUACGUUUCCGAUAUGAGUGUUACACUUCCAUUUUGAGUGCCACACUUCCGUGUGGAGUGUUACACUUAACGUCCGUCUGUUUUUUGCUAUUUAUUUUGCAUUUGUGUGGCUCUUUUUGUGUGUGUGUGACUGCGUGGAACCCAAUUCAGCUACCGAUUGAUUGAUUGUGUGACUGCAGUACAUUGUUUAUUGCUUUCAUUUUAUGGAUCAAUGGUCUCAUUAGACAGUAAAAUUCAUGUUAAAUUGCUUUUUUUGGGAUUGUUAUUAAAAAUCUGGAACGGAUUAAUCCAUUUUCCAUUACUUUCUGUUGGAAAGCGUGCCUUGGUUUUGGAACGCUUUGGUUUUCGAACGGACUUCUGGAAUGGAUUAAGUUUGAGAACCAAGGUACCACUGUAAGUGAGAGAAGCCUUGUAGAAAGGAAUACUUUUGUUUCUUUAUUGUAUCAAUGUUAAUAUGCAUGAUAGCUGUCAAUCACAAUUUAAAGCUGUACAAGUUGGAGAGGGGCUGCAGCUCAGUGACAUAUAGUAUAUAACAUCUCCAAUUAGGUCUUGAAGUAUCCCCUGACUGACUGAAACUUUGGAGAGAAGCUGCCAGCCAGUGUCAACAAUACUGAGCUAAAUGAGCCAAUCGUCUGGCUUGGCAUUAGGCAGCUUCCUAUGUUCCUGUACCUGAGCAGCACACAUUAUUUGCAUAUUCAACUGGUACUGCUGAUUUGCAAGAGGCGAUGCAAAUUUGAUGCAUGCAUAACUAGAUAAUGCAAUGUUAUAUACUGUGUUUUCUACACAGUGCUCUUCAGCAUCUUUUCUUCAAACCAAUGCUUGGUUUGGAAGGUGGAGAAAUGCCAGAUUCAGGUGUAUAACAUUUUAAAGGGCAUCUUAUCUCUAAGGAAUUUAGCAAUUUCCCCAGCACACUUGAGUUAACCAGAUUUGUUUAAUAACUUGUAGCAAUAAUUCUAGAAAAUAGCAUUUUUGUAUACAGAAGUUAUUCCUAUAUAGGAGAAAAAACAUUUGACAGUGUGGUAGACUUCUUCCAAGAGUCCAGCAGAUUUUCCUUGUACCAAAACCAUUGUGUUCUUUCCCUAGAAAGUAAACAAGAUUUGCAGAAAAACACAGUGAUAAAUGUUAGGACUGUAGCAGAAACAAAGGAGGCUUUUUUUUAAACAAACAUUUUUGAUGGUUCUAAACUAUGGAUUUUGAAAAGAUGAAAGCAAACUAUUGGUUCUUUCCCAUCCAGUUCAUGUUUUGUUGAAAUAUCAAAACAAUUGUGUAAGAAAAUAACAUAAUACAUUAUUUUUGGAAUCCCAGAAUCUUAUUGUCCCUAGUCUGCUGAGGAGUGCUUGUGUAAAAUUGGAACAUUAUGGAACAUUGCCAUAAUGACAAGGGAACAUCAUGUGAAGGGAAGAAUAGAGAAAACCAGAAACCUUGGAUAUGACUUAGUUACCAUAUAGUAACUUUUGGAAACACUAAAAGCUAAAACUGUUAAAUUAUAAGCUAAAACAUUGUUUACCACAGUGAUUUGCAUUUCAGCAUCUUCUUUCUUAGAUUGCAAGUUUCAUUUCCUCACUCUUAGGGCUCUAGACUGGGUGCUACAUGUGCCAUAUUUCAUGUCUAUAUGCUACUUUACUACUUGCCAUCAUUAUAUCAUGCAUUUGCCUGUUCUCAUCUGGCAGCAACCAAUGAUGUCAAGCAAGUGUAAGUGAAAAGCAGUAUUGUGGUAGCACCAUUGCAGUGAGGUUUACCAGACACUUGAAGGGAAAUUAACUUGCUGGUUUUGGUGGAAACUGGAAAUUUAACAUCCUUUCUGAUUUGGCCCUUUGAGGCAAGUCUCACAUGAUUAGGGUAUGGUACAGUUCUCAAUUAUAUAUGUAUGUAUUUAUGUAUGUACUGCUUGAAUCAGCCUCACAUAGAAAUCUUGCUGCGUGGAAAGCGAGCGUUGGAGAGGUGGUUUACAGCUUGGCCUUCACCUUCGUAUCUUAACUAAACACAUGCAGGAAUUUCCACCUAUCUGUAUUUAAUAUAUGAAUAGACUCUAGAAUAACUUAGGAAUCAUUGAAACUUUCCACGAGCCAGAUAGGAUCUCCAAAGAAGGCCAGCGGCCCAGGGUCCAGCAAGGUGAGCGCCCAAGAGGACAGAACUGAAAUCCAAGAGAAACAGAGCCUCAAAAUGGUGCAAAGAAAUAAUUUUUUUAAUCAAACAUAGUUCUUUUAAAAUACUCAAUGUGUUUUGGAUGAAAGUAACCUUCAGGAGUAUUUCUAAAAGCAACAACCCUCACUCAUCUCAGUAGGGCUACGAUGGCGUAAGUUCCACUGGAGAUAGCAUAGAACUGGUACUUUAAGGGAUUUAGAUCUUCUGUAGCAGAUGAAAGCCUUUGACAGGAAUAUUGCACUGUUUUUGUGUGUUUGUAUUAAAGCCAGUGGAUGGGCGAAUAACUCUGUUAAGAACUGUGGGUAAACCUGUUUUAAAACUGUGGUGGCACAGCUGUGGACUGACUUUGUAAUAUCUGACUGAAGCCCCAAUAUCAGAAAGGAACAAAUGUAACUUCUUAUCAUGACUGUAACAAUCAGUUGUGACUCUGUGAAGGAUUCUGUUUAUCUUGCAACUAUGCAAGCAACCGCUGAGGGUUACAUGCCAAAGGAAAGGCCCAGAGAGUAUUUAUGUACAUUCCAUCAAUCUUUAACUGCUUAGCAGUUGGAGUGUGAAUAGUUUUUAUGACAAUUUACCCUGAAACUGACGCUUGUGCUUUUGUGAGUCAAGCAGACACUUGGGUGCUUCCUGGGUCAUGCUGUGUCCACUAAUACUUCUUCUGUAAACUGGAAAAAUGUUUGAGUAGUGGGAAGGAGAAGAUAAUACAAGAAUACUCCCCUUGAUGUUCACUGCACUUUUGAAAGUUAGUGCUGUGUGCAGAUUGCUGGAUCUCUACCCAGCUGAUAAUGCUGUGCCAAAAAGGGCCAAAUUAGAUGCUGUGUGAGAAACUUGUGAAUAGUUUUCCAGUGCUUUGCUGUGAGCUGAGACACAGCAUGUAAGUCUGCAGUCAGGAGCAGAAAAGAGGGGUCUUUUGUUUGUUGCAAUACAUUCCAUCUAAAUACCAGCCAUAGUAAAGCCCAGAUUCUACACCUGCAAUUAUAUAGGCAUUGUGCUUUGCGUGAAUGCAGAUUUUCUUCUAUCUUCUAUCUUCCAACAUGAUAUAAAUGGUAGCUCAACACUCUUGACUUCCAUAAGCAAACCAGCCUACAAUGAGUUAUUUUGCAACUGGAAAAUAGGUCUGUAACAAGUGCACUGCUAUCCCUUCUGGUUCUACUGGAUUAAAAUUAGAAAAGGUAUAUUUAAUGUUUUAGGGUCCUAUGUCAUGAGCUAGGCCAGUAUUAGCUAUCAUUUCUUAAGUUAAACCAUUUCCAUUUUCUCUUGGAUCUAGAUUCCGCAGGAAUAGUGGCCAUAGUAGCAAUGAAGUUGGUUUUAGGUUUCCAGCAACUUAGUUUAUACGCAUGUGUAUUUUUAAUUUUUUUUGUGUGAUCAGUGAGAAACUUCCUUCUCUACCCCAGCCAUUAUAUCCUGCUAACAUUGUUACCUGUUGCCUUUAACUACCAGGAAUUGCUGUGAAGGUAAUUGGUAUCCCUUGAGCUACUGUUACAUUAAUCUGCACAGGACAUAGAAAACCCUGUUAGCGCAAACCUUUUGUGAAUGGGUUUCUGUGCACCUUUCCUCUGUGAUACUGAUUGGUUCUAACCUCCUAGGGAGAAUGGACAUGAGUGGGACUCAGAAGUCAUGGAAAGUUCAGGGUUUGUUUGUUUUUUCUCUUCCUGGUGUGCCUACCUAAAGGAUUGUCACGGAUGAUCAUUCAUAGUCAGGAGUUGCUAUGUCAUAUUGAAUUCAUGGAAAUGAAUUUACAGAGUAAUGCCUUUUUCAUUGCUAUAUCCAGUGCUUUUUUUUCUAAAAAAAAUGUUUACAAGUACUCUCAUUUUCCUACUCAUAUUGAAAUACUGCCCCUCAAUGAGGCCAAACUUAGAUACACAAUGUUUAGGGGUAUGUGUCCCCCUGCGUCCCCCCACCAGAUAGAUUUGUUGGAGCAGGAAAUUAAGAGGGAGGAAUGUAUUUAAAUGAUGUAAAAGAGGAAACAUGUUUUCUUACACACACACUAGGCUGUGACCUUUAGACUUGCUUUUCUAGGAGUUAGCUCCAUAUAGCUCAAUGAGUAGGUGCACAUUGUGUGGCAAAAUGUCUUGCCUUUGCCACUGUGGUUCACGUAGAAAGCUACAUUUCUUUAAAAAGUAGGAACUACAGAAACUAAAGUCCUGCCUCAAUCUGAAUGCCAGGGUGAACUUCAGAAUAUUGAACUUGUUUUCUUCAGUUCAGCACAAGCUGUCCCAGGAGAGCUGAUUCAUAUUUGAAGUGUUUAUAUCUAAAUACAGCUACAAAGCGAUAAACAAUUCAAUUAGCUAUUGCCCUACUCUGGGAAAAAAACUAAUUCUUCCUCCUUCAGGGAGAGCAAUGGACUCCUCAGUAUUGAUGAGAUGUUUUAAAAAUACAGUAAGCCUGUAACUUAACAUGGGGGUUAUGUUCCAGGGAUCGUGACUAAAACCAAAAUCGCGUGUAGUCAAAACACAUUGGGUUCAAUGGUGGGUAGGGUUGCCAACAUCAUUCCCCCAGAAACCCACCCUUUUCCUGUCCCCUUUUAAUUUUUUUAAUUUUAUGCUACACACGUGAAGCUGAAAGCAUAUAAGUUGCAGACUUACUGUAAUUCAUACUUUGAGAAAGUGGAAACCCUCCUCUCCACUCCACACUUUAUAAAAUAUGCAUUGGUCUUCAAAGUCUAUGAACUCAGGCUUGCUAGAGAGGUUAAAAGCAACAAAAAAGGCUUUUAUGGGUAUGUUUGUAGCAAAAGGAAGAACAAAGAAACAGUGGGGUCACUCAGAGGAGAAGAUGGUGAAAUGCAAACAGGGGACACAGAAAGGGCUGAACUCCUCAAUGCCUUCUUUGCCUCAGUCUUCUCCGAUAAAGAAAACAAUGCCCGACCUGAAGAAUUUGGAGCAAAUGAUUCAGCAGAGGAAACACAGCCCAGAAUAACUAAGGAGAUAGUACAAGAAUACUUGGCUAGUUUAGAUGUAUUCAAGUCUCCAGGGCCAGAUGAACUGCAUCCAAGAGUAUUAAAAGAACUGGCAGAUGUGAUCUCAGAACCACUGGCAGUCAUCUUUGAGAAUUCCUGGAGAACAGGCGAAGUCCCGGCAGACUGGAGGAGGGCAAAUGUUGUCCCUAUUUUCAAAAAGGGGAAAAGAGAGGACCCAAAUAAUUACCGCCCAGUCAGUCUGACAUCAAUACCAGGGAAGAUUCUGGAGCAGAUCAUUAAGCAAACAGUCUGUGAGCACCUAGAAAGGAAUAGUCAGCAUGGAUUUCUGAAAAAUAAGUCAUGUCAGACUAACCUGAUCUCGUUUUUUGACAGAAUUACAAGCCUGGUAGAUGAAGGGAACGCAGUGGAUGUAGCCUACCUUGAUUUCAGCAAGGCAUUUGACAAGGUGCCCCAUGAUAUUCUUGUAAAGAAGCUGGUAAAAUGCGGUCUUGACUAUGCUACCACUCAGUGGAUUUGUAACUGGCUGACUGACUGAACCCAAAGGGUGCUCAUCAAUGGUUCCUCUUCAUCGUGGAGAAGAGUGACUAGUGGGGUGCCACAGGGUUCUGUCUUGGGCCCGGUCUUAUUCAGCAUCUUUAUCAAUGACUUGGAUGAUGGACUCAAGGGCAUCCUGAUCAAAUUUGCAGAUGACACCAAACUGGGAGGGGUGGCUAACACCCCAGAGGACAGGAUCACACUUCAAAACGACCUUGACAGAUUAGAGAACUGGGCCAAAACAAACAAGAUGAAUUUUAACAGGGAGAAAUGUAAAGUAUUGCACUUGGGCAAAAAAAUGAGAGGCACAAAUACAAGAUGGGGGACACCUGGCUUGAGAGCAGUACAUGUGAAAAGGAUCUAGGAGUCUUGGUUGACCACAAACUUGACAUGAGCCAACUGUGUGACACGGCAGCUAAAAAAGCCAAUGCAAUUCUGGGCUGCAUCAAUAGGAGUAUAGCAUCUAGAUCAAGGGAAGUAAUAGUGCCACUGUAUUCUUUUCUGGUCAGACCUCACCUGGAGUACUGUGUCCAGUUCUGGGCACCACAGUUCAAGAAGGACACUGACAAACUGGAACGUGUCCAGAGGAGGGCAACCAAAAUGGUCAAAGGCCUGGAAACGAUGCCUUAUGAGGAACGGCUAAGGGAGCUGGGCAUGUUUAGCCUGGAGAAGAGGAGGCUAAGGGGUGAUAUGAUAGCCAUGUUCAAAUAUAUAAAAGGAUGUCACAUAGAGGAGGGAGAAAGGUUGUUUUCUGCUGCUCCAGAGAAGCGGACACGGAGCAAUGGAUCCAAACUACAAGAAAGAAGAUUCCACCUAAACAUUAGGAAGAACUUCCUGACAGUAAGAGCUGUUUGACAGUGGAAUUUGCUGCCAAGGAGUGUGGUGGAGUCUCCUUCUUUGGAGGUCUUUAAGCAGAGGCUUGACAACCAUAUGUCAGGAGUGCUCUGAUGGUGUUUCCUGCUUGGCAGGGGGUUGGACUCGAUGGCCCUUGUGGUCUCUUCCAACUCUAUGAUUCUAUGAAAGUCUAGAAAUACUGAUAAAAGACAAAUUGCUACUUAAAAUGUCACAUUUUGAAAUGUUAAAAGUUGCAUGAAGACCAGUGGUAUGUUUCUAAUUGGCUUUGCUGAUGUCACUGUAAACUAUGCACCACAUUAUUAAGUCUCUCUCUUUCUGUGUUUUCUAGCAGGAGAUCUGGUCAAUAUAAUAUGAAUCAUGACAACUCUAAGAAGCCCUCAGGGAAGCCCCCUUAUAACCGUUCAGGUUCUCAAGAUUCACUCGAUGAAUUAUCCAUGGAUGACUACUGGAAAGAACUUGAAAACAUCAAUGAAACCAGAGGCAAUAACUCUGAAGAACAAGCAGUGGUUCUGGUGAAGGAGCCUGAUGGUAAUUAUAACUGGAAUUAAGAAAACUGUUUCUCUGUUUUGAAGACUGUUUUAGAUCUUUCAUUUAUUGUGCUUGAAACCACAAUACCAAGAUAGAUUUAAGAUUUGGUCAGUUGGAAUUGACUAGUCCCUCUGUAAAUCUGGCAACACAUUGACUGUGUAAUGGCAAUUAUUUUCAAGGACCUGGAAUUGCUGUUGUGGACUAGAGUAUCCUGAGCUGGAGGAAAACCAUGAUACUUUAAGAAAGUACUUGCUUGAAUUCAUAACUUAUGCAUAUUGUUGCCCCAAUAUGUGCUUUUAAAGCUUUUGCAGCAAGAGAGAAUUUCCUCUUUUCUUUGUUUACAUUUCUGCUGUUUUGCAAUAAACUGUAACUGGAUUUUGACCACUGCUUUGGUAAGGGUAAUGGGAAGUUCUUUUGCUUCUUCAGAAGUCAUAUCUAUUCUGGUUACCAUAGUACCCGGAAUCACACAAAGAGCAAUAAUUCCUAUAGAAUUAUAUAGUAAAAACAACAAUGAUAAAACAGCUUCUACGUACAGUAGUAAAAUGCAGUGUAUUUGGAAAAAAGAGAAAGCAACUAAACACCCUAGUGCAAAUAAACAGCCCUUUCGGUUGCCAAAUGCAUUUGACUAUAUGGUAGUCAGUAGGUUAAUAGGUACAUGAUAUCUCAGACCUAUUUAUAGAGUACAUGGUAUCUCAGCCCUAUUUAUAGUGGGUGUGGUGGGGACUGUUCUUAAAAAGCACAAUUGUCAGCCAAGGUGAAAUGUGGGGGUUCCUCAUAAUGUUUCACCACACCUGCUCCAGGCUGGCGUCGUUGAGAGGCCCAAGGAAUGGGCACCUUGAGGAAUCCACAAGACUUUGGGUCUGAGGGAUUCAGGGGAUUUUGGAUCCUAUGAUUCUAAACUUGCUGCCACCCUGCAACUCCCCAUUUCAGUGCUUUCUAUCCACUUGCCACUGCUGGUGGCAGGAGAACUGCCAGUGAGUGGUAUGUCUUCACUUACUGGGCUAUGAUGGGACCUCUGCCACUUUGGAACACUAGCAGCAUGCCUCUACUGCCCAAAGACAGAGGAGAGGCAGUUACAUAUUGCCACCACCACUAUCAACAAUGGAGGAACAAGAUCAUACUCUCAAAUAAUAUUACAUUUGAGUAAAAUACCCUCCCCACUCCGCAAUAGAGCGUCUUUAAUGUUUAAAAUUAUGCAAAAUAAAUUCUGAUUGGAAGGGUGUGUGUGUGUGUGUGUGUGUGUAUAUGAAUAUAUAAUCAUGUUUUCUUGGCAAGGACUCUGAAGCUGUGGGGGAAAAAAGAUAAUACCUUAGAACCCUUUUACUGAGAAUGCACUUCUGUUUUCUAUACUAAUUUUAGCGAACAAAUGCUGAGGUUCAGGUAAAUGUUUCCUAGGAAAUGUUCUAAGUCGAUGCCAUUUCUCUGACAUUAAAGCACACUUCUGCAAUUCUCUCUUUUGUAUGAGUAGCUUCUUAUAUUCCUAACAUGAAAAAAACAACAACCUUGCUAGUUAUUUCUAUAUAUAGCAAAUGGCCUGCGUUUUUUGUUUGCUGGGACCGUUUUGUUUUUAGUAAACAAUGUGUUGCCAUCUAGAAACAAUGAGGAAAUGAUCACCUUACUGAAAAUCACUAAGGAGUAGAGAACGCAGCAGCAAGCAUAAUUGGAUGCUGCAAUACAAUCACCCAUUUGCAGUAAGAUCACCCAUUAGCCUUGAUAACCUCUGAUUAAAUUAAACUAAUGAAGAGUUGUACUAAGAAAACAAGGCACUGUUGCAGCUGGGAGCAAAGGCCAAACUAGCAGAAAUGGUGUACAAAUCCAUUGAAUGUGGCAAUUGUAUAUAAAUUCUGGUGCUGGGCUUUCUAAUUCCAUGUAGGAAACAGAUUCCCCCCCAACCCCGCCACAAUCCUAUUUUACAGGGAAUAUGUAUGGGAGAAGAACCAAAGGUUUCUGUGCAAAUUGUAUAAGGAACAGCUUCCAUGGAACUGCUUGCAGUUUGGUUUUUUUAUAUACCUCUCACUUUCCUGCAGAAAUCUAUGGCUGACUUUGGGUAUAAUGCAAACCCAUGGUCAUGCAAAUGUCAUCAAAUUUGCGGUCAUGCAAAUGUCAUCAAAUUAAUUUUUAUCUUCUUUUGUCCGGGCCAGAGGGGGAAUUGGAAGAAGAGUGGUUAAAAGAAGCCGGUUUGUCAAACCUCUUUGGUGAGGCAGCUGCUGACUCUCAAGAAAGCAUGGUGGUUUUGGCUACGCUGACGCGUACACAGGCAGCAGCCGUGCAGAAACGAGUGGAGACAGUCACACAGACAAUGAGGAAGAAAAACAAGCAGUACCAAGUUCCUGAUGUGAGAGAUAUCUUCAAGCAGCAAAAUGAGUCAAAGGAAAAAGUGAGUUCCUGGUUUGUGGCUUUUGGUUUAGCCUCACUUAAAAAAAAACCUGUAUAGGAAUGCAGGCUAUUAGGGUUAAGUUGGAGGAGACACUGUUUCACAAAUCUCAACAAGAGGGCAUUUUCUAAAGGCUGCUUUGCUUGUUGCAUGCUGCUUAGAGGAUACGGCCGUGCUGCUGGGUUUAAAUUUGCUAGGAAGAAGAUGAAGUUUUGUGUUUUACUGACAAGGGGGCCUAGCUUUAGUUUGUGAAACAGGUCUUCACAUGAAACAAAGGGAAGCAGUUUGUUCAGGCAGCAGACUCAGGUGAGGUGGAGCUCCUUUUUCCUGACUUUAAGUACCAAUCAAGUCAUAGGGUUUAUUUGCUGGCAUGUAGAUUGUUCAGCUGUGGGAUGACUUUCAAUAUCCCGAUGCUUUCUCCAGUUCUGAAAAGGAGAAAUCCAUUUGUCUGUUAGACUCCCUAUUUUACAAAUCUGCAAAAAUAAUUUCCUGUAUAGAAAACUUGGAGUGGAAAGAUGCACAGGUUCAGGAGACACCUUUUCCCAUUUUGGGAAUGUCAGACUUUACUCAUUUAUGUGCCUGAGAGCCAGACAUAGGGGUGUUCUAUUAAACUAUGAAAUUAGUUUGGUACAGCUGAUGCUCCAUUUAUUAUGGAUGCUAUAAUCUGUCAGAUGAUGUAGCUAAUGCUUCAGUUCCCUUUUUGAAGUGAAUAUUUAUCCAGAGGUGCUUUUGUUUGUUUGUUUACUGAAUCAAAAAGUGCUGUGCGUUCCUUUUUAGAGCAGUGUAAUUGCAUUCUCAACCUGUGGUGACAUCAGCCACAUAUUAGGCUCAUUUAAAUGUUUGUCCUUUAGCCACAUGCUGCUGUUCUGUAUUCAAAAUCAUAAAUAUCUGCUACAAAAUUCAAUUACUUACUAAAACAAUAGGAAAUAACACACACAGCAAUUGCACUAUUAUGUUUAUACUUGCAAGGAUUAAAGGUUCCUGUUUCCCUCUGGAGCAAUUUUGUGCUAAAAUGUUGCAGCAUGAAACCAAAUAAGGAGCAACAACUAGAGAGAAGGCUAGUAAUGAAAAGAUCUGAAACACUUCCCUGGACUCCAGUCCUGUGUACCUUUACUUGGGAAUGUGCCCCAUCAAAAUGUGUACAGAAGGGCCACUUGUUCAGUUAUAGAACAUCUGAAUUGCAUUCAGAAGAUGCCAGCUUUAAUAGCACUUGUCUGAAACCCUGGAGUGUCAUUGCUAGUCAACAUAGAGAACCCUGAGUGGUCUGACACUGCUUCAGACAAUUUUUUAAUAUGUACCUAAAUUUGAUGGACUUCCAAACGUAGGAUUGGGUGGCAAAUAUGUUCUUAAAGUGUUGUCUGAACUACUGUCAGUAAUGGAUGGCAGAAAGAAGCCAUCAUGUAUAUAGAAGGUUUCACUGAUUCCUCUGUAGAGCAGCCUUUUCCAAUUCAGUGCCCUCCAGAUGUUUUGGACUGCAACUCCCAUCAACUCCAUCUUGGCUGUGCUGAUAAGGUCCAAUAGGAGUGGUAGUACCAAACAUCUGGAGAUUGUUGGGAAGGUUGGGGAAGGUCGCUAGUGUGCUUGUAUUUACCCUUCCCAGUUUAGGGUUUGGAAAUCUACGAGAAAGAUUGCUCUCAUACUGAAUUAAAAGGCUAUCAAUAUCAUUAUUCACGGGGAAUGUGGAAUAGUGUCAAGAGCAAGAAGUGGUUGCACCUGUUCUGGCUAACCUGACCUUGGAUUAAUAUGCAAACUUCCCUGCACUGGAAGAACCUGUUCAAGUAUUAGCAGAAGCAUAUAACCGCAGGGAAAGGGGAAGUUCUCUGCUACUUGCCUCAGAAAUAGUCGGAGCCCCCCGCCCCGGCUUUUUGUGGGGAGGAAGAAGAACUUGGCUGACAUUCUGAGGCCCAGAUAAAAUGAGAAGCUGGGAUUGGGACUGUGGAAAACUGGGGCUUCUGAGCAAAAGCCCAUCCCUACUACGAGGGAAGAUGAUCCCAUCUGGGGUUAAGCUUUUGCCCUCAACACCAGUUUCCUCUGGGGCUGCUCUGCAAAGAAGGAAUGCACUGGGAAGCCUUUUCCAGCCCAAUAUGUUAACCUGAACUGGUGGGGGGUGGGAAUUAACCUUCUAAUGUUCACCUCUCCCUUUGGGUUGAGCCUUACAGGAUCCCAGAGUCUCAAUUCUGAGCCUGAGCCCAGCAAACCUCACUGACAUCUCUAGUAAUUGGAACUAAAAAGACCAAGCAUAAUAUUUGUGUGUAUCAAUGUAUUCUUUUUUUUUUAAAUGGAUGCACAAAGAAAUUAAAUCAGAAAUGUAUAGCCAACAAAACUGUUUUUUAUAAACAAUGUGCUCUUAUUCCAACUGUUUCAUUAUAUAUUUAUAUACUUGCUUGUGUGUGUGUUUCCCAUGCAUAACAAAAAUGGUCCAUUUCUCAAACAAAUCUUAUUUCCCAGUCUGCCCCCUCCAAUUCUGUUAAUAUUUAUGAGUUUCAGCAUGAGCACCAGGUCUCAUAACCUCAUCAUACAUUUUUUUAGGGCACGGGGCCUUUUGGUUUCCAUAUGUAGAUGAUUGUACAUUGAGCAGCUGUUAACAUGAAUAUUAAUAAUUUCCCUAUCCCCUUUAGGCUCUUCAAACUUUCACAUGUUCAGACAGAAUAACAACUCAGUUAUACCUUUGGUUAUAUACUGCAAGUUCAUUCAUAGUUUCCAAAUUCCAAACGUCCUUCACGGUUGGCCAUCACAAUAUGCUUAAAAGCUGUUCUUCCUGCAGGCUGUUGCGGGGAAUCCUUUGUCUCCCAGAUGUUGUUGGGCUCUUGGCUUCCAUCAGCCCCAGCCCAGUGGUCAGGAACAGGGGGAGUUGUAAUUCAGCAACAUCUGGAGGACAACAGGCUCCUUGCUUCUGAAGCAGGGAUUCUCCAUAUAUCCCCAAACCUCUGGCCUUUCAAGUUUUGAAAGUUUUCAAGUACUGACUGUGUUAAAAAUUUUUUUUAAAUCUUGGCAAUAUUUUCUAUAAAUUCUGUACAGUGGUACCUUGGGUUACAUACGCUUCAGGUUACAUACACUUCAGGUUACAGAUUCCACUAACCCAGAAAUAGUGCCUCAGGUUAAGUACUUUGCUUCAGGAUGAGAACAGAAAUCGUGCUCCAGCGGCGUGGCAGCAGCAGGAGGCCCCAUUAGCUAAAGUGAUGCUUCAGGUUAAGAACAGUUUCAGGUUAAGAACAGACCUCCGGAACGAAUUAAGUACUUAACCCGAGGUACCACUGUACAUGAAAUUCAAACAUGAAAAUGUCCAUGCAAGAGCAAUUUUUUCUGAUGUCUGUCUUAAGAUCAGGUGGGAGCAAAGCUUCUUGUCUAUCAUUUUAUUUUCUGAAUAAAUAUUCAGAAUAUUUUAUUUUCUGCAUUUUAGGAAAUUGGCAAUGAACACCAGUCUGUAAGAACAAAAGAAAACAAAGAGGAGGACACAAAAGAGGGUAAAUCUUAACAAAUUUUCUGUAUUGUUUCUAUUUUGAAAUGUCUUAACAAGAUAUAUUGCUGAACACGUUUGUUUUUUUAAAAAAGAAAGCUUUUUCUAGGAUAUGGACCAUAUUCUGGAGAAGUCUUUUAGACAACCCAAACACAUGUGUCAGAAUCUCUGCCAAGUCAAAAAACCUCAUCAGAUGCAAGGAUUUAGUCUUGUGGCUCCAAUGCCCUAGUUAACCAUAACUGUUCCCAGUGUGGAUCGAAUACCAUUGCUAUUUCUAUAAACAGCAACCAGACCAAAAUAAUAAUUAUUUGGUAAUCAUAAUAUCCAUAAACUCUUAACAAUUUGCACAAUGAAAGUUGUAACAUUUGUUUAAUGUCAAUGGCAGCAGCCAGUCCUGUGUGCCAGUGCCUUCCUCUCCAGAUUAUGUGCCUGGUGUUGGGACCCCAGUUGCACCACCCUAAUGGCAAGCUUUAACCAAUUUGUCUUUCCAAAAACUGUAAAGGAGCAGAUUAAACAAGUUAAUAAAACAAUUGCACCCAAUUGUUAAGUUAAUAAAACAAUUGCAACAAUUACAUUUGACUAGCUCUGUGAAAUCUAGUCAUUGGAUUAAGAUGGGUAUAUAAAUCUGGCUGUUGGGAAUUCAUAAUAAAUAAAACUAAAGCACAUUGAACUGAGUUGUACUCUCAUAAUGGAACUAGAGUUCCUCAACUCUUGGAUGUAUUUAUGGAAAUCUCAAGACACUAGAGUAAUGACUUGGCAACCUUACUGUAUUUUGAAGCAUAUACAAAGGCAGCUAGGUCCAAGUCUGAGAGACAAGGAAAUCUUAAAAGUAGGAUAAGGAAGCAUGGUCAGAAAAAUGACUAAUUACAAAACAGGGAUUUGUGUACGAUAGCCAUAAAUACCUGUAUAUAAUUGACUGGGGGGUGGGGAUAGGAGAAAGGUAUGCUUCCAAAUAAGCAGAAAAACAAGAGCCCUGCUUUUAUCACUAAUGAUAAGGAUGAUACCCAUGAAGUUUGGUAUUAAAAAUGGGAUAUAUUACUAAUUAUCAAUAUAUUUCAGAACUCUGAAUACAUGUUAAAUAAGCAGGAGCCAAGUUGGAAAUACAAAAUCUUGUGAAACAGAAAGAUACCGUCAGCUGAAUAAUAUGUGCUUAGAGGAGCAUUAAUGAGCCUUUUCUCUGCUUGCUUCAGCCACCAGGCAGCCAUUCACUAGCAAGAACAGUUUCAAAGAUGGGAUUGCUGCCAAACUGCUGGGUCAGCACAAGGCAGAGAGGCAGACAGAAAAGCACAGGGCUUAUGCCAGUAAACUGCUGUAGAAUCUUGGUCUGGAAAAUUACCAAGCAUUUUAUUUAAGAAUUUCAUAACAUCUGGUUCUUUUUUCUCCAGUGCCUCUUUAUGAGCCUUUACAAAUGGAGAAGUUCUGAAAGGCAAUUUCCAUAUGCUAACGCUCUCAUAGCACUGAAUGAAAAGGGAAAAGCUAAAUCAGCCUGUGUAUAUUCUGAUAUGUUACAGCUGUUGGGAACCUUGCUGUAAAGUGCAGCUCUGCUGCCAGGAUUGGAAUGGGAGAGAAAUCUGUUCCAUUUGCAGAAUUGCCCCAGUUUUUCUGGGUACAAACUUGAGCACCUGUUUCUGGGCUGUGCCAGAGGCUCGUCAGUAAUAAGGAGCUAAUAGUCAGUGUUGUUUUAGCAGAGCAUAGUGGGGGGCAGUUGUUUUUCCAACGGCAGUAGGAAUUGCCUGGCAUUUCAAAGGCACCAAAUAUUCUUGAAGUGAAAUUCAAAACUAAAAGCUUGUUAGUAAAAGUUGGGAGUGUGUUUAGGGUUUGGGGCAGUGAGCAAAGUAGGGGAGCGAAGUAAUUUUCUCAUCUUUGAUAAUAAUCUCUGAUAAUUAGGUGGUGUUUAACAAAAACUUUAAAGCUGCAGUAGUCAUCACACUUGCCUCAUGAUUGAAAAAUGAUGAUAAUUUAUUAACUUUGAAACUGAGCGAUGCUGCACAUUAGUUAUGGUAUUAUCUUUGUUAAGCUAGAGACAGUAACAUAAUAGAGGUUUGCCAUCAGGGAGGUUUACAUGCUAGGAAGUAUAGUUUGUUUUUUUUUAACAGCACAACAUUAAGAUUAUUAGGGGGAGGGAGGAUUCUAAAAAUUUGUGAUCUUCAUAAUGUGCCUUGAUUGCAAAGCAGUUAUAUGCUUGGGUAAGGGGACUGUGAUCCAGCUGAGGUUCAUUAAGGCUCCCAUAACCUAUCAGAAGGUGGAAGCAUUCUGUGAGCAGAUUUUCUGUUCAUGAAUCUCUGGAGCCAAUCCAUGAUUAAUUCAGCACUCCCCUCAAAUAUGGUUAUGGAAGAGGGGGAAAAGUUGCAUUUAAACUUUAAUGACCAUUUCCCCCAUUUCUUUUUCACCACAUCUAGCAUCUUGUCAACAUAUUGAUUAUGAUCAUCAAAGAGAAGAUGUUCCAGUGAUUGAAACGGACAUUAACUUGGAAAUAUCAUUUUCGGAGCAGGCAGCUACGCUCAAAGAUGACCCAGCAGGCAAAGUCUUGAAGGGCAAAGAGGAUGACACACUCCUUCCUGUAGGUGCUUUUGUGGUCUUGCUUUAAUAUCUUUCAUUCUGUGGGGGUUUCUUAUUUAUUUAUCUUCUGCAGCACCUCCAAAAUUACACUUGAGAACUUCAAGUUCAAAGAAAUAGAGAGUACUACAUAUUCAGAUAUGUAGAAUGUUGGCGUGUUUUAAUCUGGUUUUUAAGCUUAUUGUUGAUUUUAACUUUUGACUGUUUUUAGAUAGUUGUUUUUCACUAAUUUUAACUGAUAAUAUUUUUGUAAACUGCUUUGAGGUUUUAUUACAAGUGGUGUAUAAAUAUUGUGAAAUAAAUAAAUACAUGCUGUUAUUUGUGCAUGCAAAAAUAGUAGAAGAGGUGGCUAAAUGGUACAGCCCAGGAACAGUAUGCUUGAUUGCAUUGUUUGUAAUGGGGCAUUCAUGGAAAACGUGUGAAACUGCAGAGUCUUAAUCUAGUUUUCUGUGUUCAGUAAUGGGCUGGGAAGUGUUCACAUAUGCAACCUUCACCAUUACCACCUGCAGUUUGAAUAUUUAUAGUUCUAGGAACUAUUUUACUACUUCAGCUGUUUAGACCAGGCUUUAGGUCCUUUUCUAGGGAUGAAAACACUUUCACUUGAUGAUCAGGUGCUCAUAGCUUUAGUCUGAAUUUAUUUGUCCAUCGUUGAUUGCUUAAAGUGCUCUUGGCAUGCAUUCAGUUUUCAAACAGGCAAAAGCCAAAUCCACUUUCAAGGUAUGGGUAACCCACUUUCAAACACUUCUACGGCAUCAGUAACUCCUCCACCCCUUAUUUUGUUACCCACAGAGACCGCAGCCCCACAUGUACCUCCAGUUUGGUACCUGUGUACAAGUCCCCAAUGAAGCUGUAAUUUUAAUAAUAUGCUUGGGAGGGGAGGGAAUUUUUAAACUAGGAGUGCAAAAGUGAAUUUAUUAUAGCAAAAAAUAAUACCUUCCCCAAUAAUGUGCACCGCUGAAAUGCAGCAUGAGCUCCCGCUUCCUUUUGUUGCUUGUUAGAGAGUAGACUUUAAUGCUAUUAUUUUUAACUCUUAGAAUUUCAGACUGCCAAAAGACAAAACGGGUACAACAAAGAUUGGAGACCUUGCCCCUCAGGAUAUGAAGAAGGUCCACGCUCUGGCACUAAUUGAGCUGACGGCUCUCUUUGAUAUACUUGGAACAGAACUGAAGCCACAAAAAGCAAUAAAAAUCAAAACCAAAGGUCAGUUUCUUCCAUUUGCAGUGCUGCUAUGUUGAUGUGCAUUUCUAUAUGUUUAAACUUUUUUGGUUUUCCCAUGAAAACUGUAGAAGGUGGGGCAAAAAUGAAGUAAGGUCAUUGAGACUACCCAUUUGCUUUGGUGGGGUGUGCUAUACAGUGGUACCUCGGGUUAAGUACUUAAUUCGUUCCGGAGGUCCGUACUUAACCUGAAACUGUUCUUAACCUGAAGCACCACUUUAGCUAAUGGGGCCUCCCGCUGCUGCCGCGCCGCCGGAGCACGAUUUCUGUUCUCAUCCUGAAGCAAAGUUCUUAACCUGAAGCAAUAUUUCUGGGUAAGCAGGGUCUGUAACCUGAAGCGUAUGUAACCUGAAGCGUAUGUAACCCGAGGUACCACUGUACAUGCAUCCCAUUGUGUAUUCUUGUAUUCUAAAUGAAGAAAUGGGCCUCAGGUAUCCACUGGGGGUCAACAGAACCUGCAAACCAAAUGCGUUUGCUUUAAAGGGUUGUGGCUUGGCGUAUGUAGUCAGGUGAAUAGGAUGGGUACAAUCUAUGCCAUAUGAAGCAGUUUUGCAUUCCAUCAGGGUUAGUGGCGACCUGUUAAGCAUGAUCUUAGCUCUCUCCUUAUAGUCAAUACAACUUAAUUACGUUCAAGUUGCAUUGACUGUAAUGAGAGAGAGAUUCAAACUCUGGCUGAAUCAUGUCAAAUGGUUGACGAGGCUGCAGCAUGAAAAGAAAGGUAGUAGUUUCCAACCACCCUUAUUUCUAGGAUUAUAUCUCUUCUUCCUACUUUAAACCUGAUGGAGUGUUUCACUAAGCUUGUCCUUAAUGCUGUCAUGCUUGUUUCUCUGCUUGAACGUUUCAUUUCUUUCCUUUGCCUAUCUUUAGAAGCUUAACUCUAAAAGUGCUCUGAACCAUGAUUUAUUUUUGUUUGUGGAGAACCAUCCAUAUUGAUUAUGAUCUAUAGGGCGGGAUGAAAUAGCAUGACUGCACUUGGAGGCUCUCAACAAAAUUGUAAUUUAUGUUACAUAACAAUAUAAUUGCAGUGUUCCUAUUCUAGGCAAACGCUUUAUGAAAAUUACAGCUUUAUGACCUUUUCCUGUGGUUUCUAGUUUGGCAUGAGAUUUCGUUCCAGUUCUGGGGUGUGUGUGUGAGUGAGUGAUGGCAUCCUCCAUCGGAGCAAAGGCGGCCUGUCAAAUUUUCAAAGCAUGUAAUUUAAUCCAAAUGAGUAACUUCUUUUUCUUUAUAAGUCUUCAGUUAUACACUCAUAUCAUUCUCCACUCCUUAUACAGGGAUUCCUUUUGGACUUCCCAACCAACAGUCCAUAUUGGUUUUAUAUAUAUAUAUAUUUACCUUUAAUAUAGAUAUGAGCAAAUGGGAACAUUUUGAGGUCACCAAGUUAUAUGGCAUAAUAAUCAAGUUCUUUUCCUAUUAAAAAAGAGGAAAAGCAACGUUGCUUCCCCACUCCUCUGAUUGAAAAUACAAAAGUGUAUAUAGGUAAUGCAUGCAUAUAUCUGUAAAGUCAACAUCUUGUAAAAUAGGCUUGGUUUAGCAUGGGGAAACUCACAAAAGAACAGAAUUUUUAUUGGGGCAAGUUGACCACUAAGACUGAUUUUGAGAUUGUUGACUUGCAAAUUUAUGUGUCUUUGACUGUAUAUAUUUGAAAAUUCUCCAUUAACCUUUUCAUUGUUUUUAUUUAGUUUCACUUGCAUGCUUUAGAUGCGACUUUUACAUUUAAAAAGCUUUAUUUUUAAACUGAAGUUUUGUAUAUUUCCAGAUUAGCUUCUAGUAAGUACAGCCCUGGUUAAAUGCACUGGACUGGGAAUAUUUUAUUUAUUUAUUGGUUGAUGAAGAGGAUUCCCGCUUUGCUUUCCCUUCAAUCUGAAGUUCAGUGCAGCUUAUACGAAUUAAAAAGGUGUAGAAAUAAUAAAACAUAAUGCAGAGCUAAAUUUGAAACAGCAGCAUUGCACAGAUUUAAAAGUAACCUAUGAAAUACAGGAAACGUUUCCAUUUUGUUAACUGCCUGUAUUUCUGACCUUCUCUUUAAUGUUUUACAAGGACCUGAAACAUGUUACCAGUUAAUCAAAUAUCUUCUUGGGCAAAAACUUGCAGUCAGGGUUCAGCAGAGACGACAGUGCAGUAGCUAAAUAAUUGAAAGCAACUGUGAGUGAUGAGGGAGUUACAGCUGGGUACAGUUGAGUUCUCUGAAUACAAUCUUCAUUUCACAGCUCAGAACAUAACUUCUUCCAGCCACAUCAGGGUAAAGGAACCUUCCCUCCUCCACAACCUUCCAUUUUUAUAUUCUUAAAAAAGCUGUGUCCAGUUAAACAUACUAAAGCUAUGCCAAAUACUUCUUGAAUAUGGAAUAUUGCUUUAGGAUAGCCAUUUUUCCUUUCAUCCCUGGGAAAUAGAGGGUCUCUGCAGAUCACGCAUUUUUAAGGGCUACAGAGAGACCCUCUUGAUUCAGCCCAACUUUUUGUUCCAUGUGAUUUUUCCUGAGGGUAUUCUGAUUUGGGAAAACACAUAGGAAAAGGGGCUAUUGCUCAGGGUAGAGUAUUUGCCUUGCAUGCAGAAGGUCCCAGAUUCAAUCCUUCGCUUCUUGGGUUAGAUCUGGUAGAGAUGGCUGUCUGAAAUUCUGGAGAAUUCUGAUGGUGGUCUGUGUGGACAGUACUGAGCUAGAUGGACCAAUGGUCUGACUCAGCAGCCUCCUAUAGAUGUUCCAUCAAAUGGUUUACUCUACCAUCCCUACCUCAGCACCAGCUAUGGUUGGUGACUGCAUCACUGUGAAUAAUAAGGGCUGUAUCCACUUUCUUCAUGACUCGAAGGCAGCUCCACAUGCAUGAGGUCCCCUUUGCUUGGUUUUCAGCAAAUCCGUUUCUCCCCAUUGAACACAGUCCACACUGUUCACUUCUAGAGAGGUUUUUCGGUGGGAAGGUGUGGUGCUACCAUGGCUGUGGAGAUUAAGAGGAGGGAAGAGAAACAUCAGUUGUGCAAGCUGCCUUCCACUUGCACAACCAUUGGAUACAACCCAAUACUUAGACUUGACGGAGGGUACUUCACACGUUCAAAGGCUUGCAUAUCUUUAUCUCGACAACCUACACAACAGCCCUAUUAAAGAAAGGCCAGCAUUUUUGUUCCUAUAUUGCAGAUGAGCAGCUAAGGCAAAGACAAUAGUUUGCCUAAUGCCCUUUAGUGAGAAUGGGCCCUGUUCACAGGCCACUCAUACAGCAGGAAACAGAAAUGACUGAGGUUACAAUCUUGUACGUGUCAGUGAGCUAUUCCAAAGGUUAAAUGUUUGGAAGUGUGCCUCCUUUUCUUUACUUGUGGUAUAUUUAUUUUUGCUGGAGCCCCUUUUUUGCUUUAAAUGUUUGAAAAAUCUUAAAAAAUAGAUACGAUAAUAGCCAACUAAUGCCAAGACAGAUUGCAGAAAUGUAAAAACAGAAGAAUAUUUCAAUCCUGCUAUUUGAGAAGAUGAAGUGUACCUAAUUCAUAUGGUAGUAGAGGGAUGUAUGCAGCAAGAAAUAAUGUCUGUUUGAAAAUACUAUUGACACAUCAAUUCACAAUGAAUUCUGAAGUGGGUCAGCUUUGUAGGAUUUGUCUGCAACUUUUUGCUUUUAGCUAGCAUGCAUUAUUCAAAUAUGCAGAGCUGGCUGAUGUUUCAACCCUGUGCAUGUUUACAGGCAGUAAAUUCCCAUUGAAUGCAGUGGGACUUACUUCGGGGUGAAUAUGCAUACGAUUCAACCCCACUCUGUUCGGUGGGAUUUACUCCUUGCUAAGUGUACAUAGGAUUGGACUGUAAAUUGUUUGUCUGGAUUUAUUAAUUAUAAACUGUGUUGAUCUGAACAUAGUGGAGAAGAGUCUAUGAAACCAUUUUUUCAUGUUGUCAUAAGCCAAUUGUUUGUCUUUCGUUGUUUCUUACAGAAUCUGGUCUUUUUGGUGUCCCACUGUCAGUUUUGCUAGAACAAGAUCAGAAGAGGGUGCCAGGCAUCCGGAUACCACUAAUUUUUCAAAAAGUGAGUAGGCUGACCAGUCAGUUUCUUCCAGACUAGUUAGCUUUCAGCAGAACGCAAACAUAUAAGGCACCUAUAGUUACAUCAGUGCGCAGAAAAGCUUGUAACUGUUUAGCCACAGCUGCAUUCCGGUUUUCAGUAGAACAAUUUUUCUAUUUUUCAACUAGCAAUUUAGUUGCCGCCAACUUGAGUUGAAAUACUUUCUCUUUUAAUUUGCAGCUCAUUUCCCAUAUAGAAGAAGGAAAGCUGGAUACAGAAGGGCUUCUUCGAAUACCGGGUGUGGCAGCAAGGGUAAAGGUAAACUGAUCUUUCAAUUCUGGAAAGAGAGUGUUAGAUUAAUUACAUAUAUUUUAUUGUUAAUAGUAAUAAUUUGGUAACUUGUGUUCAGUGGCAAGAUCAUGAGAUCCUUAUGACAUUUUAUAAUUAUAACAAUCGUAUCUUAAAAACAAAUUUACAUUAAUCCUUGGACAACUGACUGUGGUUUUGCCAAAGCUGAGUGACUGAGCAGGAGUGUGUGUGAUAGAAACCUCCUUUCCAAAACUUAAUUUAUUACAUUGUGAGUUCUGGUUUGUUCACAAAUGUAGGCUUUUUGUAUGCGUUGGUAUAGGUAUUCUUUUAUUGAAUUAAGGACAGGGUGAAGGACAAUUAACUCUAUUCUUCCUACAUGUUGACCCUUCAUUACUCUGAUGUUAUCCUGGAUUGUGGUUAGCCACCUGGGUAAACAAGACUUUGCUCUCAGUCCCUCUGAGAGCAUCUGUGUAUGGACUGUUUUUUUGAGAAAAACUUAUCCUCUUUUUUCCUUCUACUUCAUACCUGAUUUUUACCACUGUGCAUGUCAAAUUUUAAAUCUAGAGCAGAUGGUUUUCAUAUUUAGCAUCAUGUGUGUACUCUGGGCCUGCUAAUUGUGGAUUAUGCUUGCAUAGAAAUCUUGACCUGGCAAAGUGGCUAAAUUGAAGCAUAGCUCCAUUGAGAUGAAAUAGGCAAUAAUGGAGUGGGGAGGGUAAAUACAAUACAAAUCCCUGUUGUCCAAACAUGCAGGUUGAUUGCAAGCCUCUGUUUAGAUGGCCAAAUAAGCAUGCAUGCAAGCUCUUUUUGGAGAAAAAUGUGUGGAGACCACAGGAGCUCUUCAUUUAACCUGCUCUGAAUGUUGAAUUGCAGAUACUGUACAUAGGUGUCUUGUUAACUUAGGACAGUGGUGUCCAAACUUUUUAAAAAGAGGGCCAGAUUUGAUGAAGUGAAGGGCUGUAAGGGCCGACCAUAGGGUCAACCAAUGUUGUUAGCCUUUUUGGGGGGUUGAAGUUGUUGAGAUUUUUUUAGGAUUUUACCCUGGGAAAUAAACUGCCACAGGGGCUGAAUUGAACCGAACGGCGGGCCGGAUUAGGCCCCCAAAAUGGACUUUGGACAUGCCUGGCUUAGGAAGAUUGGCAUCAUGUGUUAAUCAUCUGAAGAGCCACAAAUGAAUUCAGAACACCUGAAUUCAAGCAUCUGCAACACUUGAUCAUAUUUCUAGAGAUGUUGUAUAAAUAGAGAGCAUUUUGAUACAUGACACUGAAUGCGCCUUUGCACAUCCUCUUUUGCUAUUGAAUACUGUUAAUGGGCCAGGGAGCACAAAGGAGAUCCAUUGUCAAAUGGAGUAUCUGUUUUGACUGCAUACGUAGCAUUAUAUAAACACAGGAAAUACAAAACGUCAUUUUUAGCACUACGCCCUGACAUAUAAUUGACACACACCCAAAAACCUAGCUCAGUUUUUUACAUUAAAAUGUGUGCCUAGUUUUACCGUUGAUGUUUUGGAUAAAUAAGAUGAUUUCAUAUCCCCCUUUUUAAAAAACAUUAAAUAUAUGUGUGAAGUGCAUAAAGACUUUUCGGCCUCUUGUCUUCUAGAAUCUUUGCCAGGAGCUUGAAGCAAAGUUUUAUGAAGGGACUUUCCACUGGGAAAAUGUAAAACAGCACGAUGCAGCAAGUCUUCUGAAACUCUUUAUUCGAGAACUGCCUCAACCACUGCUCACUGUGGAGUAUCUCAAGGCCUUCCAGGAUGUGCAAAGUAAGUAUAACUCCUUCUGGUUCAGAAUUAGGGGAGUCAUUAUGCAGAGCAGGCCUUUUUUUCCAGGUCAGCCUUCUUACAUCCCUAUAGGGAACCUAUGGGAGGACUCAGUAAUUAAACCCCCCCCCCCCAAAAAAAAAAUAAUUCUAGAAAUAACAAACUUUGUGGAGUUCUGGAGAGCCACAGGGAGAAAAUACCUGUAUGGCCUUGCAGGCUACAGGUUAAUAACCCAUGUUGUAGAAUCUCAUGUUGCACAUACAAGAAUUGUGUUCCUACAGUUCUGGAAACUGUUCUCCCUCAUAGUCUUUGUUGUGGAACAGUCAAACAACCACUUGCACCAUUAAUCUUUUCUGGGCAUGGCUAUUCUUCAUUGGCAAGCGAGUCCAUGAAAUUUUCUGCAAAUAGUCCAUUAGCUUGCUUGCAUCUGAAAACAAAUACCUCCCUCCAAUAAUUUAUUCCAGUUGGCAACCCUGUCUGCCAUGAUGGCUAGGUUAUCAGUAAACAUUUUAAAGAAAAUGUCUACAUAGAGAUUUUCAAGCUUGCUGAACACACCUAAUGAUGUUGUUGUUGGUUGUAAUUGCUGCCUUAGAAAUCCUCCAGAGAUGUGGGACUCCCAUACUACAUUUAGCACCACAAAUGACUUGCAAUGCAGCAAUACCAGAAGCAUGGUCAACAAAGAGCAUUGUGCUUCAGUGAGCUUUUUAGCAUGUGACACUAAGCCAUUCUUUUUACUGACUGUCAUAAAUUCCUUUCAUAGUCGUGGGCAUAAAUGGAUGUUUCAUCUGUGAAGGAUUUUACUUUGGUCUACUAAAUACUGUAUUAAUAAGCAUUACAUUAUGUGAGAGCCAGUGUGGUGUAGUGGUUAAGAGCGGUAGAUUCGUAAUCUGGGGAACCGGGUUCACGUCUCCGCUCCUCCACAUGCAGCUGCUGGGUGACCUUGGGCCAGUCACACUUCUCUGAAGUCUCUUAGCCCCACUUAACUCACAGAGUGUUUGUUGAGGGGGAGGAAGGGAAAGGAGAAUGUUAGCUGCUUUGAGACUCCUUCAGGUAGUGAUAAAGUGGGAUAGCAAAUCCAAACUCUUCCCACAUUAUGUAACAAAGUAGCAAAAGUAAGGCAUUACUUGGGAAAUCAUGAAUCCCAAAAUUUGUAAUAAUGGAUCUUGUGGCAGUUGAGUCAUGAAGCAGAAUGGGAAAACAAGAUGAGGUGACUGCCUCAUGCGGCAGGAUUCACAGGGCUGUCAAUCCCAAUGUAGAUGUUUAUACUUCCUUUGUUCCUGAUGUUGAUGUUCAUCCCCCCUUCUUACCUGACGGGGAGUGGGGUGCCAUUUUGUGGUUUGCCUGAGGUGCCAAAAUGUCUUGGUUGCUUUUUACCUGUGAAGAUAACCAAGAGAAAUCCAUAAACAUUAAUAUUUUUGAGGAAAAUGCAAAAUGAUUCAAAAACAUAUUCACAAAUUGAGAUUUGCAUGUUUCACUGACAGAACUUCCAACGAAGAAGCAUCAGCUGCAAGCACUGAAUCUUUUGGUCCUCCUUCUCCCAGACGGAAAUAGAGAUACUCUUAAGGUUAGACCUGAGACUUCACCAUUAAAAAAGCACUUCUGCAAUUACACUUCUACCUACAGCAACUAGGGCUACUCCCCACUUCUCUUCCUCCCCAGUUGGGGUUCCAGAGCCAUGCUUCUACCACAAGGAUAGGCCUGGAAUCUUGAUUGCGGGAAAGGUGUAAGUGCAGGGCCUAAUUCUUGGCACCACACUUCAAAGGAGAAUGUGGACAAAUUAGAAUGGUUUCAGAAAGGAUGGUUGGGGGUAUGGAAACCUUUCGUUUGAGGAGAGGUUAAGGGAAUGGGGUAUGUUUACUCUGAAUAAGUGGACUGAUAUGGUAAAAAGGUAAAGGGACCCCUGACCAUUAGGUCCAGUUAUGACCGACUCUGGGGUUGUGGCGCUCAUCUCGCUUUAUUGGCCGAGGGAGCCAACGUACAUCUUCCUGGUCAUGUGGCCAGCAUUACUAAGCCACUUCUGGUGAACCAGAGCAGCGCCGUUUACCUUCCCGGUGGAGCGGUACCUAUUUAUCUACUUGCACUUUGACGUGCUUUUGAACUGCUAGGUUGACAGGAGCAGGGACCGAGCAACGGGAGCUCACCCUGUCGCGGGGAUUCGAACCGCCGACCUUCUGAUCGGCAAGUCCUAGGCUCUGUGGUUUAACCCACAGCGCCACCCGCAUCCCUAGGACUGAUAUGGUAGCAGCACUCCUCAAAUAUCAGAAAAGCUCUCACUUGUUCUCUGCUGCCUCAGAUCUAAUGGGCUUAGAGGAUAGCUAUCAAUUCAACAUUAGGAGAAAUCACUUGACCAUAAGAGCAAUUUAGCAAUAAAACUAAUUAACUAGAGGGAUGAUGGACUGUUCCACACUGGAGGUUUUCAGGUAGGGUCUGGACAGCCAUUGAUGGAUACUCUACCUCUGGAUUUGCUGCUAGACUAGAUGGCCUACAAGGUCCCUUCUCAGGCCCAUAAUAAAUCUCACAACCACUAACACAAAUUUACCUUUAAGGAGUUAGGCAGCCCACAGAGAGGGUCACUGCUGGUCUUGCAAAGAACCAGAGUACAGCUAAACAAAAUCUAGGGCAACCUUGAAUAUGUAAUAUAUGCUUGACUUAGUCAGCAGUAUAUUCGUUAGAAGAAGGAUAGCCAGUGUGGUUUCCUAUAGAUGUUGGUGGAAUCCAACUCCUAUCACCCUGACCCUUGGCCAUGCUGGCUUGGGCUCAUGGAAGUUGUAGUUAAACAAGGCUGGUUUAAUUUCAUUGUACACAGGUUGUACAAUGACAAUAAAGGUAUUAUUAUUAUUAUUAUUAUUGGACACCAUGUUGGCUAUCUCUGAUCCAGAAUAAAGAUUUCAGAUGCCUACCUUUCUUUUUACUGAAAGUAAAAGGAAGUUGACUUUGAUUUUUGGAGAAAUCACUUGUUUAGUUUAACCACUGAAGUUACUAGUUGAUUUAACACUGUGCAUGUACUUUUUAAAAAGCGCACUAUUUGAGCAUGUUUCUUGUUUGUUUGCACAUGCCUACUUUGCCAAUGCUGUUCUCAUUUUCAGGCACUGCUUGAAUUUCUUCAAAGGGUAAUUGAUCACCGAGAUAAAAAUAAAAUGACCCUAAAGAAUGUUGCCAUGGUUAUGGCUCCAAACAUCUUCAUGUUUCAUGGUUUGGGCUCAAAGAACACAGAGCAAAGCGAGUUUGUUAUGGCGGCUGGGACAGCAAAUGUCAUGCGUUUUAUGAUUAGAAACCAAAACCUUUUAUGGACUGUAAGUUUGUUUAAAAGUGCUUAUUGUCAUUAGAGAAGAGCUUUCCAAAUUUUUCAUGUUGGUGACACAAUUUUUAGACAUGCAUCAUUUCACAACAUAGUAAUUCAGUUUUACUAGCAAACUGGAGGUUAAACUACGGCAACAUGGAAGAGGAGCGUGGGGAGAGUUUGUGCAACAUACCUACACACUGCGGCCGACACACUAACGUGUCGUGACACACAGUUUGGAAAGCUCUGCAUUAGAGACUUGUUUGAAACAGAAGGGCCACCAUUUUACAAAUUUUACUGAACACACACACACACACAAACAUACAUACACACACGCAAUGCAGAUGACUCGAUUCAUUCUGAGCAGCUGGAUGUAAGAGCUACAUAGAUAUACAAAUUUAAUAAUUAAUAAUAUUGAGCUAGUUUGUGUUAAAAAAAAAAAGGUCAGCGUAAGCUAUAAAACAUGCCUGUUUUAUGUAGUUCAAAAUAUGGAUGGAGUACAUAAUUGGCAACUCCCAUCUCUUGCGGGGGUGCAAUUAGUGCCAGCAUCGUCCGUUAAGAGUUUGGGUGUAAUCUUCGAUACCUCCCUCUCUAUGGAGGCGCAGAUUACAGCUAUAACAAAGGCGGCAUUUUUUCAUCUCCGCCAAGCUAAGCAGUUGGCUCCUUAUCUCUCUCGCCCUGUGAGGCUUAUCUCUCUAGCCACUGUGAUCCAUGCGACGGUCACCUCCAGACUGGAUUAUUGUAACUCGCUCUACAUGGGGCUGCCCUUGAGACUGACCCAGAAACUCCAGCGGGUGCAGAAUGCCGCAGCGAGACUCCUUAUGGGGUCUUCGCUGCGAGAUCACAUUCAUCCGGUACUAUACCAGCUGCACUGGCUCCCGGUGGAGUACAGGAUCAGGUUUAAGGUGCUGGUUUUAACCUUUAAAGCCCUAUACGGCCUAGGACCCUUGUACCUACGGGACCGCCUCUCCUGGUAUGUCCCACAGAAGAACUUACGGUCUGCAAAUAAAAACAUCACAAGAGACUAGGGCCCUGCAGGACCUGACAUCUUUCCGCAGGGCCUGUAAGACAGAGCUGUUCCACCAGGCCUUUGGUCAAGGCGCAGCCUGACCCCCUCCGCUGGCAGUCUGCACAGAAUUUUGCUUAAUGGUUGCCAUCAAUUUGAUUUUAAUUAAUUUUUAUAAUGAAAGGUUUUUAGAAUGUUGGAUUAUUUUGAUUGUUGUUAGCCGCCCUGAGCCCAGCUUUGGCUGGGGAGGGCGGGGUAUAAAUAAAAUUUAUUAUUAUUAUUAUUAAAAAUAUAAAAAUACAAUAAACCAAAUAAAAACACCCAACAGAUUUUUUAAAAAAGCUUCACUGAAGGAAAAGAGAUUUUCUCUUCUAGAAAUGUAAUUGUUAUAUUAUUAAUCAUGUUUAAAUGGUUGUAGGCUGCCUUGAGUAUGCAUUACACAGAAAGACAGGAAACAAAUUCUAGAAUGAAUAAAUUAUACAAUUAGAGCCAUAUUUUGUUAUAUCUUGGUUAUUUCCAUAUACGUUAGUGUUGAAAGCUUAGUUUUGCCCUUCUGUGGGUUUAUUCACACAUGCAGACAACAAUAUGGAAGGCAGAGCACUAUUCAUGAGAAACUGCUUGUGCGGCAGUCUGAUUUCACAACACCAAUAUAGACCUGUUACUUGUACAAAAACUGACCUGAGAUGAUUAGCUACACCUUAUAUGGUUUUACUAUGAAGAGGUUCUGUGCAAUUAUAUUUCAUACCGUGUCUUUGCAUCUAUCAUUUGAGUCUCAUUUUUAACAAUAUAAUUCUGUUCUUGUUUGACAUAAAUAUUGGUGUUUGAUAUUCCAUAUUUGAUAUGUCUUGUCACUAGGAGGAUAUAAACAUUUGUUUAUAGGAGCCGACUGUAUCAAUGGUGUUAAUAAUAGAUUUUAUGCUUAGAUUCCUACAUUCCUUGUGAACCAAGUAAGAAAGCAAAAUACUGAAAGUCAGAAAAAGGAGAAAAAGGACAAAGCUGUGAAAAAAUUGCUGAAGAAAAUGGCUUAUGACCGUGAAAAGCACGAGAAGCAAGAUAAAAAUGUCAAUGAUGUAAAAAGUGUCAAUGAGGUAAGCAAGUAACUUUCAGUAAAUUAGAGUAGGUCGUCGUCUUCUUCGGCGAUUGCUUGUAGCUGAGUAAGAUUGUCUUCCAUAAACACAGUUUUAACAAUGACUUUGGAGGCCAGUUCUGGAUCCGCACGUCUUUCCACAGUGGGGACAUAGUUUUCUGGGCCGGAGUUAAUCACGGUGGGGGUUUGCCAAGCAUGCCUUCCUCUUAGCAUGUUUCUCCCUUGCGUCCUGAGUUGGAGUGUCUUCAAAGCCCAUGACACCUUCGGUAAAGGCUGUUCUCCAAUUGGAACUACCAGAGCUAGUGAUAGUGAUAAAAUAGCAGUGCUUCCAUAUUUACAAUUUGCCUUUUCUUGAUGAAUAAAUGUAAUUAUCUGAAAAACAUGAUCUUAUUAAAACAGUGCCUUGCCUAUUAGCAAAGAAGGGUUUAUAACAUGUAUUUAGUUACUAAGAUAAUCAAAAUGGCUAGAUGUUCCAGUUUGGAAGGCCUAUAUUUGUAACACUUGAACGUUCCAAAGCGCUUGCUUACUGUUGCGAAACUGUCAUGGUUCAGUCGUACCUAGCUUUCUUGCUUCACUUUCAGAGUGAAAGGUAAAGAUUCAUGGCCCUGAGCAAGGGUGUAAACUGCAUACUUGUUUCAGCAGAGGAAAGUAGAAGAGCACCUCUGAAAUGAUUGAAGUUUAUUUCUUCUGUCAGUUUGGCAUCCAGAUUAGUGCACCACAUAAAUGCCAAUAAACAAUAAAGUGAUUUUAGAACACAGUCUCUAAAAACAGUCAUGGAAGUAUCUGUAAGAACAGCAGCAGAAGAAACAAAAUCCAUUCCCUUUUUAAAGUAUGGAAUAUAUAUAAAUAAUAAUAAUAAUAAUAAUAAUAAUAUUAAUAUCUUUAUUAUAUAUAUAUUUAAAAAGGUACAAAUCAAUUCAGUCACUAGCGUUUUGGGGUAAACACUUGCUGGUCUGUUGUUAUCGAUUGGUUAAACAUAACUUUAUCUCUAAUUAAUUAUAUCCAGCCUGUGUUAAGAUCAAAUAUCAGAAUACAUACGUGAUCUGUAUUCUGAAUGCAGAUUCUCUUUGGAUGUGUGUAGCCCAUCAUUAACUAAAGUCAUAUUCACAAUUUAGUGAAUUAGAGACAUCUUGUGGAAGAAUGCAAAAUUGCACUGGCUCAUCACGUUAUAAUAAUGAUUAUUCAUUAUAAUCUAUUGGCAUAUUGGGGGCCAAACUGGAUGUGGUUAUGGUAGGCAUUUUUGUUACAAAUUUUUGGGGUGUUGUGUAUUUAACUUUUAAAUAUAAAAUAAGAGCAGGAGGUAAACCUUUUCCCAGUUUAACUCCUUGUGCUCCACCAUUCCAGUUUCUGACCUGGCUGGGGGAGGGAGUUUGGGAGACAAAGCAUCCGACAAUAAAGCAGAAAAGGGUUCCCCUACCCUUAUCCCAACUGUGGCCUCUUGAUGUUAAAAUUAGGCCUUAUAGCUCACUGCUUCAUAUGUAUCUAGGGCACAGCAUGCAGAAUCCUCAAAAUUUGGUCAGCUCUCUUAAUUGCAGCAAUUUCAAAUCUAAAAUUUUAAACUGAAUUCUCUUGGAAAAUAAAAAGUUGUUAUUGUUCAUGGGCUUGGAUAGUGCAGCAUGCCAUGCGCUUUGUAUGCAGCUGUAUAGACAAGAGGGAACCUCAGGAGAGUAAGAAGAUCUAGCACCUUCUCUGAUUCCCUUUUCCCAUUGUCUUUUAAUGAGUGCACUCUUUGUCCCUGGUCACCGCAGUACAAGUCAAGGUGACUCAGGCUGUCACCUGACGAUGUAGCAGGAAGGCAAGUGGGGCUCAUUACACAGCAUGCCUUCAGUGUGUUGUGUAAACAUCUACUGGAUAUAGCUGGCUUCAGUCAUUUCAGGCCAUCUUGAUACUGAACACAUUAUUUCUCGAGACCAGUGUGGCCAAACUUGGGUCUCCAGCUGUUUUUGGACUACAACUCCCAUCAUCCCUAGCUAACAGGACCAGUGGUAAGGGAUGAUGGAAAUUGUAGUCCCAAAACAGCUGGAGACCCAAGUGUGGCCAACACUGGUCUAGACCUAUCCAGUAAUGGCAAAAGUCAGCUUGGCCAUUAGGAAUAUAGAGUGAUGCAGUAAAGUAGGGGUGGAUCCUUAUCUCUUCCACCCUGUGUUAACCAACCUGUCAGUCCCCUGGGACCAAUCAUAGUGGUGUCAGUGGACCUGUUUUCCUUGUCCAUGUGGCUUGAAAUCAAACGGUUGUGGGUAAAGGCAGUGCUUUGAAAGGGAAUCAUCUGGGGGGGGGGGGCUUGCAAAGGACUGUACGUCCUCUGCUUCCUGAUCAGUAGCUCUGCAGUGUAGCUGAUCCCAGUGUAGCUGAUCCCAGCUGCCAGCACCAGUCAGCUGAUAGGCACUGUGGAUCUUGCUGUUGGAUAAGCACAACACUUUGCAACCACCAACAAUUGGCACCAACAUAUAACAUCAGUUGUUGGGCAAGUGGCCGUAGUUUGGGGGAAAUGGCCUUGUAGGCCAAAUUGGGACCCAUAUCAGGCCUGCAGGCACUAAAGGAAGGCAACAUAAAUUAUUAUUACUACAGUUUCUGGAAGGAGUUGGAAGCUAUUGGUUUCUUGCCCUACACAUUAAUAGGAAGACUUUGUAACCCUCUACAUAUAGAUUCCUAACUCACCUAUCCUUUAUUAUCUGUGCCUCUGUUCUGUAAUAAAAAAGUUUGUAUUCUUUUUUUUUUUUACAAGCUGAGAAGUGGAUACACCUGCUCUGCUGGCACUCCUAAUGCUUUCUUUCACGUUAUUAAAUCUAGUAUAUGAGAAGCCAGGCUAUAGUAGCAAAAACCUUCCAGAGGUUAUCCAAGGAUUACAACUAAUAAGAUAGGUUUUAAUAAAAUUUUAUGUAGGAUGUGUUGGAUUUUAAAGAAGGAAAGAACCCUAAGAUUUUAAAAGCAAUUUCAUUUUAUAAUUUGAUACGAGAUAGUUCAGUCAGAAUUUGAAAUUAAACUCAUUUCUUCACAUUUUGCAAUUAAGAGUUGCAUAAAAGCUUUUCUUUAGGUCUGUAGUAUAACUGAAAAGAGAAUUCACAUUUGGUUAAAAAAUAUCUAAUUGGUUCAGAAAUGUUCUUAUAAUAACCUAAGGUACAAUUAAGAAUAAUAUUUUGUUAGUUUCCGGUGCACAACAGGAUCCGAUUAAUGUGCAAAUGUAAGAUCACAAAAGCAUGCUUCAUAAUGUGCCCUGACUGUGCAAAUGUGGUGGUAACAAUGUAAAAUAUAGGCGUCUGUAAGCAUUUUGCAAAAUUGUAUAACUGGUAAUUCCCACCCACCCCACCAUCUUGCUCUCCAUACAAUAUCCCUAACUUGAGUAUUCAGUACGUGAGCUGUCCCAACUAUUUAUUCUGCACUAUGUUUGGAGAAACUCCUCAAAGCCAGCUGCAAGCUGCUCCAUUCCAAUGCCAUUACUGCUUUGCAGGCUGAUGUUCCUCAGGGAGUAAUAUGGGUGCAAGCGCCUCAUCUUUCCAAAGUUUCCAUGGCAAUCCAGCUGACGGAAGAACUAAAAGCUUGUGAUGUAGUGGCCAGGUUCCUCAGCCAAAAAAGGUACUGUACAAGCAUUUCUGUCUCUCAUUUUCUCCCAAACUCCACCACCACCACCACCACCACCACCACCACCACACCUCCUCCCCCUCCCCUCCCCCUCCUCCUCCUCCUCCUUCUCCUCUUCUUCUUCUUCUUUUACUUCUUCUUUGUGUUGACUUGAUUCUGCAGCAAGAAAAAAACAAACGUACCCUGACAUAAUUAAGCUCAAGGGACCAGUGUAUAUUUAGGGCACAGUGCUGUGGGUCUCUGUGAGGGCAUCUUGGGGACUAUAGGAUUCCACAAAUCACCUUUGUGGACCUUUGAGUAUAUGAGUUUCUACAAGUAAUUUUGUUUCCAUGCAAUUCAUUGUAGCGUGUAGCUCCUUUUUCUAAUCAUCCCAAUAUGAGAUGUUUAUUCAGUAAGUUAACAGAUGGAGAAAGAUAGCAAGAUAAUUUUAGCGCACUGGCAAAUCUCCUGAGCUGUAGAGCUUUUCCUAAGCACAUCUAGUAGCUUUUGGUUGCAAGUUAUUUGGUACUCUGCUGAAUAAUUUUGUUGCAUUCCUUUGUAGUGGGACCGUCCAGUCUCUGAAGAAAGAAGAAGUGUUUUUAUAUGAAGUUGGAGGGAACAUUGGUAAGGCUCUUUACAUUGUAGACUGGUUUCAAACUUUGCUUAAAGCACAUGUUGCAGCUGGAAUGACCUCAUACAGGUGUAUGAGUAAUUUCUUGCAUGGAAGUGCCCCCAAUAUCUAUUGUUUUGGAAGUGACGUAUGUCAAGAAUUAGGCUAGAAGCUUUCUAGCUUGAUGUGCAGGUUUGAAUGUACCCUGAUGUGCAGGUUUGAAUGUACAGGAGUAGGAAGAACGAGGUGAGGAUUUAUUGGCAAUGUGUGUCCUCAUGCAGUGGCAGCCAAUGAGGGUUGAGGGCUGUAUUAAUCAGCACUGCCUCAAAAAACAGGCAAUAGGUUUGUAGGGAGGUCAGCACCCACCCACUCCCCCUUUAGCCAUGGUAUGGUAUUAACUGACCAGCUUCAGAGCUGAGUAGGAUUCUCAGCAGGGGAGAUGUAUUGCACAGGGCCUAAUUAAUUAGAUUAUCAUUAUACGUUCACAACUGCUGGAAUAGUACAAGUAAAAGAGAGAGCAGUAAAGAUUGGUGUGCUCCUUAAGGUGAAACAUAAAGUCACCAUCCUUUCAAGACAAUUGGGGUGAGGAAGCUGGGGGCAUGCUGGACUUGCCCAUCUAAAAGUAAUUGGCUUGGAGGGUGAAUUUAGUAUGGAUUCCCUAAGUGUACCACAAAGCAUGGCAGUUGACCGCUCAGUGGUUUUUACUCCUUCUGUCUCUGAACCAGUGUGGAACUCACUUAGAAUUCAGCAUCUGAUCUGCUGAGAUCACUGUGUGAUUUAGGUGUUAUGGUUUGCUUCAGUUAUUAACUCAAUCAGAGUUAAUAAAGUUGUGGUUUUGUUUUAUCCCUUGGUUGGUCCUCAUUUCCUCUGUUUCCAUAAUCCGAUGCAUGUUGACACAGAAACAACUUCCACUAAGCUCAAUAGGACUUAUUCCUAUUUGCAUACAGUCUUAUCUUAAUCAUUUUCAAAAUAAUCUGUAGUUUUACAUAAUAUAUGUGUUUUCCUAACAGGUGAACGCUGCCUGGAUGAUGAUACCUACAUGAAGGAUUUGCAUCAGCUAAACCCAAAUGCUGAGUGGGUUAUAAAAUCUAAAAACUGCUGACUUUUUUUUAAUUUACAGAGAGAUAACUGUGACUGUUUUUUGUAAAACUAAUGCUCACGUGCACCAAAAUAAAAGCGUGAUGUAUUCAUUGGAUACGUCACAAAUAUUGCACUGUUAAGGGGCAUUGGCAGUGCUGCAGUUGGCUUACAGGAAGCCUUCUCCCUUUCUCCCAAGUCAAUGCAAACUACUGUAGCAAAACUGGCAGGGCAGGUAGCUGUGUGAUCUUAACUGAUUUUGUUGCACAGGAACAGUAUGUACAGAACUUUUUUCUUAUGGGAACCAUUGUGCCUUUGGUAUGGUCCCAUCUAAUUCCCAUUACUUUCAGAUUGCUUGUUAUGGCUUCAUUUCUCCAAUGAAGGGUCAAUUUUCUUAACGAAGACAUCUGUAAAAAUUAGAUGUUCCUUCAUUGGGCCAUCCAAAUUAUAAAUGGUGCUUGUAUUCCCUAUGUAAUCAGAACAAUAGUGGCACAAAGAGUGCCACACAAACUUACUACAUGCAUUUGUUUAAGACACACAAAACCAUGUACCUACCCUUUCUGUCCCCAGAAACACAUUCAUAUGGGAAAGCUAAUGUGACAUAAUACUGACAAAACUAUCUUUACCCGGAAACAGUUCCUGUGAUCAUUGUGAUGAAAAAUGUAUUGCUAUGAAGCCAGUAUACCAAAGAAAAUCUCUGUAUUACCACCCUAGAUUCCACAGUCUUCUCAAUUCUUAAUGAGCUGCUACAAAUAUAAGCAUUCUAGGGAAAGGAAAUAUAUAUGGAACUUAAGUUCCAUAACAUAUUAGGCAUUUCUUUCAUAAUUCCAUGUUGACAAUAGUGUGAAAAUUUGAAUACAAAUGCUUCUGUGUGAUGAGUGCAAUACUCACACUGGGCAAUCUACGCAGGUUGGGAAAAGAACCCAUGUAUAGUGUCUCCAUGUAUGGUAUUAAUGUGACUAGUCAUAUCAGUGAUCAUUCAAGGGUCAAAUAUCCCCCCAAUGUCUUAGACAUAUGCACAGAUAAUGUUUUCAAUUCAGUAUUGUCUAAAGUCAGUGAAGUCCAAAGAUAAUAUUCAUGACCUUUUAAUUUCAGCAUACUCACAUUGAAGCUUACAGUGUAGUCGUUGAACACACUGUUGUGCAUUCUGUGCAGAUUAACAUGGCUGAAAGUCUCACAAUGAAAGGUAUGGUCUUGGGCUUUGCUUAAGCAUUCUUUUAACAACAAAGUUGUCAUAAAAAGCAAUUCACUUGUGGUUGAACAUAAAGAUGUGUUUUUCUCCCUACAGUGGAAGGGGUGAGGCUAAUUGUAUGCAGAUGAGCAUUUACCUUAUGUAGGUGGGGCUCACAGCAGAUGUCUGCAAGGACAUGUUGACCUUUGCGUUUUGUUCUUCAGAAACAAAAUCAACAGAAAUUAAGCUUGUAUAAAUAAUGACAAAAAGAGGAUGAAAUGUAUUACUUCUAGGGUGCAAGUCUUAAGAUGCCUUCCUAUUUUCAACAAGGGAGUAUUACUGACAUUCAUUUUUGGCAGUAGCUAUGAGCUCUUGCACCACCGACAAACCAUGUGCUCCCGUGUCACUGAAAUUAUUCUAGCUUCUCUUGCUCCACAAUUAAUAGGCUAUCAGAAGAGUCAGAUGUUCAGAAGCACAAACCUCAGUGGUAUCUUCACUUGCAACAUUCCCAGGGAACUGCGACCUAAUCUCCUGCCAUAAAAUGACCGUAUUGGUUUUCAAAGCCUCACCCUUCAUGAUCUCGUACUUUGGUGGGAUUUGACUGUUUCAGGUCAGUAAAGUAAGGAGAAGAAAGCUUGUCCAAGCAGGAACUAGCUAGCACAGGGAAUCUCUGGCCCUCCUGGUGUUCUUGGACUCCCAUCAUCCCUGGCCAUUUGUCAUGCUGGCAGGGGCUGAUGGGAGUUGUAGUCUGACAGCAUCUGGAGGGCUGUGAAUCCUGCAUCCUUAAGGUGGAAGCUCCUGGAACUCUUACCUCUCCUGCCACAGUCCACAUGGCUACCAGGAUGGCUUUCCCUUCUCUCCUUGAUUGGCAUGCAGCCAUAACUGGGGUUUCCCACUAGCCAUCUCUGGUAAAGAGGAAAUUUUAAAGGCAGAAUAGUUUAUGAAUCUGGAACCUAGUUUAACAGGUAAUAUGAGAUGCAUAAUGCAACCUUUGUAAUACUUUACAGUCUGUAGUUGCUGCAAAUCAGACUCAAUUGCAAGGGAAAUUUUAGGUAUUUGAAUCAGAAACAAUUACUGCUGCUGGGAACAGCUGUAGCGGUCAUUUAACUACAAAUGGCCUGUAGAUUUGAUUUUUUUUAAAAAAAAUAACGUUUGUUGCAGGGUUAGUGCCAUUUUUAUUACUAUUUGAACAGCUCUUUUAUAUAUGUAAAUGAAUUUUCAUAAUCUAAUUUGAUUUAUGAUGUGUAUACGUGGAGUAUACACAACAGAUACACUGACUAGUUAAUGGGGAAGGGUGGGGAGUUACCACACUUGUGUAGAUUUGUACAUAAAAUGUUUCAGAUGAAAAA